CAGGAUAGUUCAGGGUGGGGGAAGUAUCAGCUGAUCAGAGCUGCCAGGCUAAGGUGCAGGGCUGAAAUUUACACUGGAUGUGGGCUGCUCUUUCAGGUAUUCUCAGGGUUCCAAACAGACAGCCAGGAUUCUGAGGACACCCAGAAGUCCCUUUAAUCCCCACAGGUAAGACAACUUUAUGUACUAUCAGCAAGAUACAUAAUAAUCCUUACAUCAGGGAGGGAGGCAGGCCAGUCCUCAAUAGCUGCUGUGGGUAGAUUUGCCUAUUUGUUGUUUUUUUGUAUAUUUUUCUUUUUACUGUCAUAAUAAUCUAAUUUCAUUAGGCUGCUAUAUGAGACAAUAUAGUUAUUACUGUACAACUUCCAGUUGCCAUGUUGUUAAAACACAUAGUGACAGUCUUUAGCAGACACUGAUAACACUGUGAUCCUUGAAUUGCUUUGUAGUUUCUAGAAACAGAUGGUUAAAGUCACAGUGUCUAAUAGUUGUAAUAGACUCAUGCUCGUUUUCUAUCUUUGGGAGUUUGUUAUUAAUAAUCACCAUUUUGCCUGAAAGCUUUCAUCUCUGUAACAUAUUUUUUUUAUUUUUUUUUAUGCUAUUUUUCACUUCAAUAUUUUUUUUUUAAUGCCUGCUGUAACACACAUAUUAAACAUAUGGAGGAAUGACAGAUCACAAAUAACUUUGUUUUAACAAAAAAAAACUGGGUCUCUGCUGCGGAUUGUUGGGAAUAUUGAACAUUGUAGUUUAAAGAAAGAAGGUUAGGGAAUGUCUUUUUAAAUAAAUUGUGUAAAGGGGAUAUAAAAAAAAAAGCUAUGUUCUAUAUGUUUAUUGUUUUAAACAAAAACUUUUGCAAUAGAUUAAUCCUAUACUGUUAACCUGCAUUUAGAACAUGGCAUUUAUGGUACAGGUGGCCAAGAUCUAGACCCCAGCUGUUGAAUUCCCUUGAUGCUUUGCCAGCAUAAAAGCCUGGUUUAGAUACUAUGUGGGUUUAUUCACUAAACACAGAUGAGAUUAAGGUUUUUUUUUUUGUUUGUUUGUUUGUUUGUUUGUUUGUUUUUUUUUACUACAGAUCUGUGUUUUAGUAAAUAAACCCCUAAAUGACGCUCUGGUUCCACUGGCAAUCAUCACUAGACUACAAAAAUCCUAGUGACUAUAAAAUUGUUCAGGGAGAUCUAAAAUAAUAGAACAAAUGUGACUAUCCCCUUACUAGUUUAAAUAAAACUCAUUGUGUUCUACCUUCUUAUAGGGGGUACCAGUUGUGGUAUUUGUAGAUGUUCAUGUGACUUUAAUUAUUUUUCCUUUUGUGUCAGGAAAUCCAUAGAAUACAGUAUUCUGUUUUACUUAAUGUACCAUGCCAUGGUAACUGCACAGAUUUUCAGAUUUACAAGGUGGAUACAUUUGAUAUGGCAUAACACAACUAUAGUACCUGUUAAAUACUCAAGGCUUGUGUUAUUUGUAGAGUUAACCUUUCAUACAUCCAGUGUAGAUAAACUGAGAAUUAUUACACUGGGUAAUUCUGGCAGUUGUGUAUUUCACAUCAGGUGUGUAUAUAUAUAUAUUUUUAAAUAGUAUUUUAUUAGAAAAGUAUCAAAUACAAUUAUAGUACAUGCUUCAAUUGUUAUACUGACAUAUAACAUACUAACAAACAGACAGACAUCAUACAUACAACCUACUCAAGACAUGUCAUGGUUUAUAUUUCUCUAGACUUAUUUCCUAUGCGUUUCUUGGUUAUUUUCCUGCGUGUUUUUACUCCUUAUUUAGAAUAUUUGCUGUCUGAGUUUAAAUCUAUCUAUAUAUUCUAACCCGAUUGUGUACAUCUUGUUGUUCUGUCUGGCUUUUGCACUUAGCCAUUCAUAUCUUUUUUCCAUCUUCAUUUGAUAUUCGACUUGUAUGAAUUCUUGUAUACUAGGUACAAUUUGUUGUUUCCAUUUUCUGGCUAUAACCGCCUACAUCAUCAGGUAUAUUAUAAGGCAAGUUCACAAUGGGUUGUUUGGUGUUGUGUUGUUGUUGUUUGUUUGUUUUGUUUAGUUUUUUUUGCAUUUGUGUUUUAUAGAAAAUUCAGAUGUUCACCCAUUAUGCAUUAGCUGAUAAAACCCCCCUUAAAUGCCAUCAGUAACAGGGUAUCAGGUGUCUUCAAAAUGUAAUUUAAAUGUUUUGAAAGUGAGUCCUGAAAAUUCAAAAGGAGAAACUGCAUCCCUUGCAUCUAACCUAAAUAAAAAGAAAAACAGAACUCUCUCGAUUUUCUACACAUGGAAUGCAAGCUUAGUACUUUCUGUCCCCAGCUGACUCACAGUAGUCACACUGACUGAGAAACAUACAUAAUAACCAAUGAAUUAACUUUAAUGAAUUACUUAAUCAUCUUCUAUUUCUCACCCUGACCACCGGCUCUUUUAAUUGAAUAAAAGGAGAGUUAGCCAUGUUUAUGGGCAAUCAUUGUUCUGAUUGAUCUACUGUCAGUAAACAUUGUCUCAUGUGCUUCUUAACUGGAUAUUCUGCUUGUCUGUGAGAGCAUGGAGUGCAUUACAGGAUAAUACACCCAUCACAAAUUGACCAGCAUAAUUGUGGGACCCAUACAGCUUGCUGGGGACCAGUGCAGUCACAUCCCAUAUAUAAUAAUCUCCCUGUGCAGUGGGUGAUUAAAUGCUUCUUGUACCUCUGUCCUGUGGAAAACUAUCUGUAGCAGUGAUGGCUUGUUUAGGCCACUGAGUUACCUCUUUUUUGCUGGUCUGUUGAUACGCUCUAAGACUUUGGUCCAUAGAUGACCUUUCUUGGCAACGUACACCUGUAUAGAGGCAUUCUGUUGGUUUCCAUGAGAAUUUCUCCUAUUUUUUACACACACUUUUGCCUUUUUGUGAAGACUGUUCAGCUGGCACUGUUAACUAAUUUUCAGCAUACCUGUAUCAUAUGUGAUGUGGAGAUUAUAUGGAGAGAUCAUGCUAGGAGCAAGAUGGGUAAACUCUCUGUUCAGAAUGAGCCAAGGAUAAAUCUGACUGUCAUUCUGGGAUCAAGGGAAUUUUUUUUUUUUCUAGUUUGUUGCAAAAUUGGAAGUGGUUUUUUUUGCCUUCUUUUGGAUCAACAACAAAAAAUAAAUGUGAAGACUGCUGAACUAGAUGGAUACGUCUCUUUUUCUGUCAUAUGGUGGCAGUACAUGUGGGUUUUGCUCCUUUCCUGUGGACAAGCAUCUAACAAGAUUAAUUAAGUUAACAAACCCCUCCCCCUUGCCCUAUAUAAGGGCUAUCCUGCAAAACCUACCCCAGUUUUCUUUCUUGUCCCGAGAGGGAAGGACACAGCAUCUAGAUGGUGAGACACACAGGCUGCUGGUCUGGGGGAUCCGGGCCGAGAGCUGCCUGGGUGGUAGGCUGAGAGACCAUGGUUCCGACCAGUAGUUUACGGAGCAAGUGGAGAUGUGAUUCCUUUUAUGCCGAGAAGGGUUCGGGCAAUACUUCCUGGAGGCGGAGUUGAUCCGGCGCACAGCGGUGGAACGCACGCCCCGGUGGUGCUGCGUUCCACCAGAAGCUUAGGUGGCAGAAAUCUAAGCUGUGCAGGUACCCACUGACAGCAGGGAUGCUUGUCAGAAGAGGUACUCCGUGUCACCAACCCCCACACGGCUCAGAGGUAUUUUAAGGUAAGAUUAACUAAUCUUUACUUUAAAAUUAUCUCUGUAAAGUUUAUACACGUACGUUACAAGGGAAAAAGACUACAAGAAGUUUAUAACCUUGCGGAGAGCGGUAAUAAAAGAGUUUCUGCAUUUUAACUCUAUGGACAUAGGGCUUAUAUCUCCUGCAAAGAGGCACAGUGUGUAUCCACUAUAUGCUCUAUGUAUUAGUUACUGCGAGCAGUGAGGACUCAGUGUGUAUGUAUAUGUGUGCGUGUGUGUAUGUGUGUGUAUGUGUAUGUGUGUAUAUAUAUAUAUAUAUAUAUAUAUAUAUAUAUAAUUUAUUAUUAUUGCCAUUUAUAUAGCGCCAACAGAUUCCGUAGCGCUUUACAAUAUUUUGAGAGGGGGGAUGUAACAAUAAAUAGGACAAUUACAAGAAAACUUACAGGAACAAUAGGUUGAAGAGGACCCUGCUCAAACGAGCUUACAGACUAUAGGAGGUGGGGUAUUAGAAACAUUAGGACAUGAAAUAUCAAGUAGGAGUGAAGCAGAGCUGGAGGAGAGAGCAGGAGACAGGUAUGUAAGGUAGAGAUUACUCUGGGAGGCUUUCCUGAAGAGAUGGGUUUUAAGGCCCUUCUUAAAUGAUUGAAGACUAGGGGAGAGUUUUUUUAUAUAUAUAUAUAUAUAUAUAUAUAUAUAUAUAAAUUAUUCUCUCUAUCUCCACAUAUGCUCUAUGUAUGAGUUACUGUGAGAUGACGAGUUGCUGUGAGUCGUAAAUGUAUCCGCUAUAUGCUCUAUGAUGAAUCGCUGUGAGGUCUCAGUUGCUCUAUAUGUAUCCACGAUAUGCUCUAUGUAUGAGUUACUGUGAGCAGUAUAUGUACCCACUAUAUGCUCUAUGAAAAGUUGCUGGGAGAAGUAUAUGUAUCCGCUAUAUGCUCUAUGAUGAAUUGCUGUGAGGUCUCAGAGUGUGUGUGUGUGUGUGUGUGUGUGUGUGUGUGUGUGUAUAUAUAUAUAUAUAUAUAUAUAUAUAUAUAUUUCCUUCCUCCUCUCCCCUCCCUCUACAGAUGAGGUAAUGUGAGAACUCAGCCAUCAGUAUGCGUAUACACUAGAGGCUCUAUGUAUGAGUUAUGAGGUCUCUGCCUCUCUAUAUGUAUCUACUAUAUGCUCUACGACGCAUUGAUGUAGGGAAUCAGCUUCAGUAUAUGCAUCCACUUUUAUGCGCUAGGUCAGGCAUAGGCAACCUUCGGCACUCCAGAUGUUUUGAACUACACCUCCCAUGAUGCUUUGCCAGCAUAAUGGGUGUAAGAGCAUUAUGGUGGAUGUAGUCCACAACAUCUGGAGUGCCGGAGGUUGCCUAUCCCUGCGCUAGGUAUAGUUACUAUAUAGACUCCGCCUCAGUCUAUAUACCCACUACAUGCUCUAUGUAUGAGUUUUUAAGAGAACAUAACCUCUGUAUAUGUAUCCACUAUAUACUCUUGGAUGAGUUUAUGUGAGAUCUCCGCUUCAGUAUAUGUUCCCACCAUAGGCGCUAUAUAUGAGUUACUAUGUGGACUCAGCCUCAGUAUAUGUACCCACUAUAGUCUCUAUGUAGGAGUUAUUAGAAGGACACUGCCUCUUACUAUGUAGCCACUUUUAUGCUAUAUGAUAUAUGCUCCAUAUAUGUGUGUUUCUAUGAGGGUUCAGUUUCAGUAUAUGAGUGUUUUUUUUUUUAAUAUAUAUUCUAUGUUGGAGUUAUGAGGACACAGCCUCAGUAUAAUGCUCUAUGUAAUAGUUACUAUAAGGACACAACCUCAGUAAUUCUAUCCUCUAUAUGCGCUAUGUUGAGUUUCUGUGGAGACAGAGCCUCAGUAUAGGUAUUCUCUAGAUGCUCUAGGGAUGUGUUCUAGGAGGUUACUUUUCCUGCCUAGGGUUUAUCAUUGAUUUUUCCAGCUCUUUGUGUCCCUCUUUUGAUCUUUUGGAAGAGGUGUCCCUUACAGGUUUCGUUCCUCUAGGUCACCUUCUUGGUGGUCGUCAGACCGGCUAAAAUAUUCAGUGAGCUUCAGGCAUUUUCUUCCCCAGAUGAUUUUUUUGCAGUAUUGCUAUGGACAGGGUGUUUCUUCACCUUACGAAACUUCCUUUUUUUUUUUUUCUUACAAGUCAACCGAUUGUGUCUGCUUUCCCUUGAGUGGUUGUCCCACCUCUCUUCGGGAGCUUAAAGAGUUUAUUUUUUUCUUGGAGCAUUGCAAGGGUUUUCUUCCUAGGACUGAGGAGCUCAGGUAUUCGGGCCUAUUUAACCUCCAGUGUAUAUUGCAGGGGUACGGAGCUUCCUGCAAAAAACUUUGGUUUAAAUUGACUCAGACGAGCAAUUAGAUUGGCAUAUUUUUCCGGUGGUCCUUAAGUGCCGAUAUAUCUCACAGCUCUUUUCACUCAGGGUAAUGGCUGCCCCUAGGGGGGCAGAGCUCUUGUUUCUCCAGUAGAUGUCUGUAAGGCAGCAUCUUGGGCUGCCUUUCCACAUCUUUGUUAUUCUCUACAGGCUUGAGAUAUUCUCAUCCUCGUAAACGGCCUUAGGGCAUAAAGUUUGCGAGCUGUGCUAGCAUUGGACCCACCCGGUUGGGGUAUCUUGCUAUAUCCCACAUGCCCUUAUAUGACAGAAAAAACAGAAAUUUUUACUUACUAUAAAUUUUUUUUUUUUUCUUAAUAUGGUGGCAGUACAACUUGUUAGAUGCUUGUCAACAGGAAAGGAGCAAAACCCUCAUGUACUGCCACCAUAUUAAGAAAAAAAAAGAAUUUACGGUAGGUAAAAAUUUCUGUUUUUCAGUCUAUGUAACUAUGAAACCAUUCAACAGAACAUUCAUGAGUGAUCAAAAAGCUCUGAACUUAAUUUAAUGUGGUUUCCAAUAUAUACAUAUUCUAACCACUUUAUUGGUACAGUAAGGAUACCUAAUGCAAAUGCUAUGCCUUCUAACUGCAUUCUGUUCUCGUACCUUUUUUAUUUGUCAGUAUCCUUACACAUGUGUCACUUAUAACGUCACAUGAGGAAGCUGUUCAGACUGCUGUAUUAUUUUUUUGUGCGGUGCAGCCUCUCCUGCUAGUUAAAGGGCAUGUGUUAGCCUAGUUUGUUGGUUUCACCUGUGCAUGCUAAAACACAUUUGCCUGCUGUAGAAAGUAAUCAUUUUGAUUUAUAUAUUUUUUUUCUUCGUUAUCAGUGGUAUCUCUAAAUGCUGGUAGCAGCAUUUUCUCUUUUUAAAAACUAUAGCUAAAAUAUAUUCAGUGGAUUUACCCCUAGAUAGAAAUUCAUCUUUUCACGUAAAAUUUUAAAAAAUCUGAAUUUUGAUCAAAUUUUGCAAUUGUCGUAUAUACUAAAAGCAAAUAUGGUUGAAGUGUGAUUUAUUGUAGCUGAGCACAUCUCAUUGGGUAUUAUUGUGUGUCUGCUUUUAUAUCCGUAAUUCUCACAAUUCUCAAACACUGCAUUUUAAAGGCAUUCACUCUGAACAAAUCUGAUAGAACGCAAAAUAAAUUCAACUACUUGUGGAUCGUGGACAUUUUGGUUGGCCUGAUAUUGGCAGGAAGACAAUUGACAAUUCUGCUUAGUUAUCAUUAGUAUCUGAGCGUUCAGUUGAAUAUUUUUAUCAUUCUGUUCUGGAUACCAGAUAUUAAUUUGCAUCUGAACAGGCAGAAUAUUUAAUCCAUAUUCUCUCUAAUUCAGUGACUAUACUGGAAAAUCCAGGUAUUUUAUAUUUUCAGAUAUAAUGCCCCGGAUAGUCUGUGAUUAUUUUGCUCUAUGUGACUCUAACUUUAGGGCAUAAUCUUGCAAGUGAGUAAUUCCAGCGAAGAACAAUUUGACUGCUUUUAACAAGAAACAUUGCAAAAAAAAAUAAAUUUAACUUUUGAUCUAGGAUUUGAAUAUUUAUUAAAAUCCCAAUUAUUAAAAAUAAAUUAAUAACUCUGUUAGUUAGGCGGUGGUAGACAACCUUUGCAACACAACUUCUUUAGAUCACAACUCACAUGACUUUAAUCUAGCCAAGAGCCCAUGCGUGCCAGAAGUUUCACAUCUUGGACUACAGGUUAAAUUAAUAUUGUUGCAAUCAGCAGUGCGUUCAAUGCAUAUUCAAUUCCCUAAUCAGCAUAUGGUUAUUUAGAAGCAAUUUUACAUGUAAGGGUUUUUAAUGGUGGUUUUAGCAUAAUUCAGCUCUUUGUACAUGUUGUUGUUCAGCAGCCUGGCUGGACUAACAAUCCAUUUAUCCAAGUUUUGAAUCACAACAGUGGGGCUAGCAGAGCUAGGCACAGCUUAGGAUUCCAAGCAUUCUUUAACAAGGUAUCUGUCCUGCUUCUAAGGCCGCACUGCCAACCUCCUACACAAUUCCCUCCGCCAUGUGUUUGCUUGUGUUUUCAUCCAAUAGCUGUUACUAUGUUAGAGGCUUUGCCAUCUCUUUAUGAUCAGGGAUGAAGAGCAUAAACGGCAACACGAUGGAGGUCCAUAUUGAUGCAAUGUAUGAAGGCAUUCCAUAAAGAGGUCAUAUGGUAGAGAUCUAGAUGUUGUGCCCGCAGGAGUAGACAGCUUUGUGCUAUCACAUCUAUAGGUCUUUGCCUUGUUGCUUACCAUAUGCUGCCAGCAAAUGUUUGAAAGAAAAAUAGAACAAAGAGAUAGUCCUUGAUCUGUUUUUUGUAACCUAAGAUUUUAAUUGAUGACAGAGACUUGGACAAUGUAAAGGACUACUGUGGGUUUUACAUUUAAUAAUUUGAAUCUUGGAGCAGAUAUUUAUUUAUAAACUAUUUUUACCAGUCUCAUUUUUCAAGUAUGUCCUGGGAUUUGAGGCGUUAUCAUUAUGGGGUUUCUUGUCAUUCUGUAAUGAUGCACUGGAUUCUCUAAAUCAAGUGUUUUGCAUUUAUAAUUUAAUGGCGUAUAGAGGCAUAAAUACUGCCUUCGGGGAUUUUUAUUGUCCAACAGGUUUCUGCUUUGUAGCUAAAACUUAGACUAAAUAUAUAUAGUUUAGUAUUACUGAUGCAAGUGUGUAGAGCACAUAAAUUGUGUAUUGUUUCUCCCCCUUCCACCCUCUCCCCUCCUCCUCCUAAAAUGUCAUGUAUCUCCAAAAGGUUUCAUAAAACUACCUUGCAUUGUAAGUGUAAAUUCCUCAAUGUAUAACUGUUGAAAAUGGGGGGUUUAAAAUAAACAGGGCUUACAAUUUCAAGUCCUAGUCUACUAGCCAGGCCUUAAAAUUUAGUUGCAAAUGCAAGCCUGGAGGAUACAUGGCAGGCUCACCGCGGAUAAAUUAUUACUCACUAAGGCCAAAUUUGUAGAUAUAUAAUUAAUAUUAACAAAGGGAAUACUGCAGCUAUUGUUGCAUAUUGGCUUGCUGUGUAACAUGGGAGAUGUAGUCUAUAACCAGUGCAGUGCUGAAAAUAUUGUCAUCACAAAGGGUUCAAAGGGGGGGGGAAGCAAAAUUGGGGAAACCAGCUCCUGCGCUUUUAUUUUGGAAUAAAUUCCAAAAUUUGUAACUCAUGGGAUAGGCCAAACAAGUCGGCAUGCUAAUAGGGAUUGUGUGAGACAAGUGUAUUUAAUUUAUGCAUUAACAUAUAUAACGUGUGUACGCUUGUGGCUUAUAUUGGCAGUAAAGUGGCUAAUAAUGUUACUCUCCUCUGUGCUCUCAUCCGUUUUUUCUUUUCCUCGUCAAACCUGCAGAUCAAAGCAAUGACUCUCUUUAUAGAGAUGGUCUUUCAUCAUGAUCCGGUCUGAUGCGUUGAACUAAAGUUUCUAAGUACAGGUGCACCUCAGGCAUCUAAAAAGAAUAUAUCUACUAGGCAGGAGAAACUACCCAGCCAGAAAAUACAACUACUCGGUCAUCCAUUUUUAUUUCUUUUUACAGACAAUUGUUUGUGUGUGUGAGAGAGAAAACUACUUGUUUUUAUGUUUUGUUUCUAGCAUUUGCAACAUUUAUUCCCCACAAUGCUUUUUCUCCUAUUCCUUUGUGUGUGUGUUAUGCAUGUAUAUCUCUAUCUCUCAUACACGAAGUGACAAAAAUACAGGACUAAGAGCAUUGAGGAUCUUUUACAGAAAUCUAUUUGUUUAUUUACAAAAGUGCAUAAAGGGAAUACAACCGUAAUUCACAAGCAAUAAGAUUGAAGUCCAGCCUGUUUUCUUGAGAUAACAGAACACUUUGUUGUACGGUUCAAAACUGCAGAUUUAUGACGUGUGUGUGUGUGUGUGUGUACACCUACUUACUACGAAGGGCAAAGUACUUUUGCUUUUGUAUGUUGAAAUAAUGUGAGGUUGCUGUUGGUGAUGGCUUGUUGUUUAAGUCGUCCAUGGUUUGUUUAGAGAUUUACUACAGUUUAUUUAGGGACCAGUAGCCAGCCAGGAUUUUGCUCCUUUUUCCAGAUGGGGUUUAAUUAGAAAUCUCUGUGAAUUAUGGACUGUUGAGAACAGAUGCAUGGCAUUGUCCUCGUGAACAGUAAACUAUUUGCCAGCUCUUUAAACCUUGAGAUUAUGGGCCACUUUGGCUGAAUUGUAACUCACAUCAUGGAGACUAGAAAGGGCUUAAGGUUCUGUGAGAGUGGUCCUGUAUUGUAGAGGAGCAGCUUUGUAAGCACUGCAGGGUCUAAUGGAUAAUUCAAACGUUAUUUUCAAUCUAAUAAUGGCUUCUGGUAUCCCAAAAAAACAGAAAAACGAACCUUGGUAAGUAGCAAAUGUAAACUUAAAAUCUAUAUAUCCAUAGGCGUGCGCAGCCUAUUGCAUAAGGGUAUGCACCCUAAAGCACAAACACUCUUGCUGUGUGUGUGUGUGUGUGUAUAGAUAUCUAACACACACACACCUGUGUAUGAGGGUGCUGGUAGUGUGAGUGCAGGGCCGGACUGGCCCACCGGGAAAGUUCUGCGGCACCUGGGGCUGGGUUGACUGCCCCAUUCAGAACUGAUCAGGCUCCUGUAAUCCCGGCCUGCUAUGUGUGAGCUGUGCGGCUGCACAGGGCCCCAUGGGAGCAGGGGGAGCCAGGCAGCCGACACAGCUCACACAUGGCCAGCCUGCGAUCAUAAAAAAAAAAAAAAAUUUGCAUCGGGGGUGGAGCCUAGCGUGCGGUGGGGCUUAGCGUGUGGUGGGGGCCCUGGUAACUGCUGUUUGUGACUGUGUGUGUGACUGUCUGCCUGUCUCUGUGUGUGUGUGCAUCUGCUAGUGAGCGAGCGAGUUUCUGUGUGUGUGCACGCAUCUGCUAGUGAGGGAGCCUCUGUGUGUGCGCGCCUGCUAGUGAAUUUGUGUGUGUGUGUGUGUGUCUGCUAGUGAGUGAGCUUGUAUGUGUCAGUGAGCUUGUCUGUAGGGAUCAUGUAUGUGUCAGUGAGCUUGUUUGUAGUGAAUCUCUGUGUUAGUGAGCUCUUCUGUAGGGAGCGUGUGUGUCAAUGGGCUUGUCUGUAGGGAGAGUGUGUGCGCAUCAGUGAGCUUGUCUGUAGUAAGCUUGUGUGUGUGUGUGUGUAUCAGUUUGUCUGUACUAAAUUUGUGUGUGCCAGUAACCUUGUCUGUGUGUGUCAUUGAGAUUGUCUGUCAAUUAGCCUAUUUGUGUGCAUAAGUAAGAUUGUUUGUGUGUAAGUAUGCUUUACUGUAUAAUUUAAUUACCCUGAAAAGACUAAUAUUUUGAAUUAAAAGAAAAAAAAAAAAUUAAAAAAAAAUAAUAUAUAUAUAUAUAUAUAUCUAUCUAUCUAUCUAUCUAUCUAUCUAUCUAAAUUAAAGGGUUUGAGGGAUCCCCUUUAAAAGGUUGCUGCCUAUAAGUUAUCUAGCGCUGUCUUUCUCUUUUUCCUUGAGAUAUAUAUAGAGAUAUAUAUAUAUAUAUAUAUAUAUAUAUAUAUAUAUAUAUAUAUAUAUAUAUAUAUAUAUAUAUAUAUAUAUAUAUAUAUAUAUAUAUAUAUAUAUAUAUAUAUAAAUAUUACUCCCAACCUAGCACAAUGACUUAUGGGGCUGGCAUAGAUUUUUUUUUUUAUCCCCAGUCCAGCCCUGUGUGUGUGAAUUUGUUUGGAGGGAUUGUGUGUGUGUGUGUGUGGGGGUAGGGGGACAGAUUAGGAAAUAGCCCCCCUCCCUUCAUUCCUUUUGCCUUGGAGUAGGGAUCCUUUCUGCCAUCCCUGAUCCCUGGUGGUCCUAGUGUGAGUGAACUCUAGCCUGCAGCAAUGCUCCAACCUUGCGAGAGGAACCCCGUGGAGCUGCUGGCAAGAGCUCCCCGGGUCCUCUCCUGCCUCACUCCCUGCCUGUGGACCGGUGAGGGAGAUCUUUGAUCCCUCACCGGCCCAUGGAGGCACACAGCGCGGGCCGCAGGGAUUAGGGUGUGCCUAGGCACACCCCCCGUGCGCACACCUAUGUAUAUAUCAUAAACCAUAUAAGUCUUAAAGGACCACUAAAGUUACCCAGCUCACUUAAUCUCAAAGUAGUGAUCUAUGUGCAAUAGUCCUGUCCUUUUUAAUUUGUCAUUCUUAAAACCUAUGGCCAUCUCACUUUUUCAAAAAUUUAAUAGGGAGAUCCUAAAAAUUCUAUAAUCCACAAUGACAAAGUGAUAUUCUCAAAGUAAGUUAAAAAGAACAAGUAUCCCAUACCAUUAGACGAGAAUAAAUGAUUGCUACAAAGUAGUUUCUUUUUUUUUUUUUUUUUUAAUAAAAAUACGGCUACAAAAGUUAAUAAAAUAAAUAAUAUAAAUGAAGAAUAGGGCUGUAAAAAAACAAACAAACAAAAACACAGGGUUUACAUGGUUUAAAAAGGUCGUACCCCUCUAAGUGUUUUGUACUUUACAAAAACAACUUUGUUUGAGCAGGAUCUUUUUUGCCACACGAUAUAUUUAAAUUUUAAUUACUUGUGUGUUUUGGUGUAACAUCUCCACAGCUCUGUGUAUAUGUCAGUACUUAAUAAAUAUAGCUGUGACUUCUCCAAGGCCAAUUUCUGUGAAAUUCAUUUUACCCGUGUAAAUCACUCUUAAACUGUUGUAUUUCUGAGUGUGUUUAUGUGUUUGUUCCUCAGCGCAUUAAUGAUUAACAGACUUUCAGAAUGUGGUUUCACUCACUGUGUGUGUGUGUGUAUGUUGAGGAGGGGUUUGGGCUCACUUCCAUUGGCCUCAAAACUCUGUCCCUUAUCAGUAUGGUCACAGUGUAGAAGAGUCCAUUCUUUAAAGGUGAGAUCAGAAAUUGAGCCUUCGGACCUGUGGUUGCAUUUAAAGCAAAAUCAACAUUUUAAUGGCCAUCAAUUAUCAGUUUAACUACACAUGAUUAAAAGUGUGUUUGUGUAUAAAUUAUUUGUAUAGUGCCAGCAAAUUCCAUAGCGCUGUACAGUGUGUGUCUGUGUGUGUCUGUGUGUGUGUAUGUAUGUAGCCCUCACAGGACUUGAAACUUUAUUUUUAAUGGUGAUUUUAAUCCAAAAGGUAAAGAGCAAGACAUUUUGAUUAAGAAUGGUGUUGCGUGUUUUUCAGUUUACAUACACAUGGAAUAAGUUUUUUUUAUUUUUUUUGUUUUUCUUUUUUUUUUAAUGAAAAUCACAUAUGUACCUCUCCAGGCUUUGUUGCAUUCUUUAAGGUACACUGUGGAGUGUUCACUUAAGGACAAGUGAUGCUCUAGUAUGCAAAGGGUUACAUUCGAACUGGACCUGCGGAAGACUGUAUUAUAAAGCACUCUAAGGCAUGUGUAGGACUAUAUGAAAUGGCUGAAACAAUACUACUUUGUAGCUUGCUUUUAUGUGAGUGUAAUGUGUGUCCUGUAUGUGAUAAAAUCUAAAGCAGGUAAUCAGAUAACAAGCUUCCCUUACUGGGUGUUUUGUCUUCUGUGUCAGUUAACCCUGUCAUAUUCCUGUACGUCAAGCUUGUACAUCCCUUUUUUAUGGCACAAUUAAAAAAAGAAAACAAAAUUAAACUGAUGUACAUCUAUCUACCUUGACAAUGAUGGGAAGGUCAGAUUUAUUGGCAAUGUAUGAUAUAAUAUACCACACACCCUGUCCAUACAAAACCAGCUUAGCACAUGGAUUCUAUCAAAAUGUUCUGUAGCUCUUACCUAAUGUACAUAUGCAUAAGGUUCUCAGCAAAGAUUAUAGGGUGUAUUCCCUGUGAUCAACCCAGAAUAUAUUCCUGGAUUCCAUGCGAACACCCAGACAUUCAUCUGAGCAAGUAACAUGAAUAGAGAGAGAUAUAUAAUUAUUAUUUAUUUUUUUCCCUCUUCCGUAUUAAAGGAAGCACUAAUUUAUAUGUGCAAGCCAAAAUAAACCUUUAUAUCUACCAGGGCUGAUAUUUUCCAAUACCAAUGUCAAAUGAAAAUUUAGCCAUGGGGAGUAUGCCAUGAACUAGCGAGUAAAUUAUUAAGGUCUGGCUAACAGAUGUGAAAUUGUGAGUUCUGUAUAUAUUAUAAAUAUACAUAUUUGCUUUUUGGGAUCUCAAAUGAAGACGUUACAACUGUUGCUGAAAUGCACACUGUGUGUCUGGCAGCUGAGUUGUGUGUGUGUGUGUGUGUGUGUAUGUGUAGGAGGUAGAAAGCUGUAUAGUAGGGGAGAAGGGGUGUGUCUUAAAAUAAAUAAAUAUAAUAAUAAUAAUAAUAAUAAUAAUAAUCUGAAUGUGCUGCCGGAGUGUGGAGGAGCAUUGUGGCCUUCACAAAUUUAAGGUGCAGAUCUUUUUAUGUUCCCUCACUUUCUGGCAAUCCGUUAAUGACUAAACGUUGUGUGUGUCAGUGACAAGCUCUUGGAAAUGUGAGUAGUUCUUAAAGUGAUCUGCACCGAACUGAGGUGCAGUCACAAAGCUCCCUCGGGCAGAUAAGUGGGCACAGAGCUAAGCAGAGAGAUUUCUGAUUAUCCUACUGGCUCAAGUAGGGCCCACUCACAGCCAGAGCCCAAGCCCUAGGAAGCAGCCUAUGCCACCUGAUGGGUGUUCUUGCUCUGCCUGGCAGUGACAAAAACCUCUUGCUUAUUCUAGAGCUAGACUUUUAUGGGUAAGAAGGAGGCUCUUGACUCUUUGUCAUUUCCUCUGUGCUUCAUGGGUUUAAGAAGUGGCAGUAAAUGAGAAGGAGGUAACUAUAUGGAAGAAUGAGAGCAGGAAAUGGCUUGGUAGGUUAGCAACUAGAUGGCGGGUGGAGACUGGUAAAGACUGAAUUGGAAGUGAGCAGAGACGAAAUGGUUACGGCUGGUUUAAGAGAGUGAGCAUAAUACAAAUAGCUGAUGUGGGUGGUAAUAUGGCAGUAGAGAUGAUUCAAAUGGUAAUAAUGUUUGGUGUAUUUGUAUAUCUCCACAUUAGUGUCAAAUUCUCAGCUCAAUGAAAAAAAAAAUCUGUAUAUCUCCAAUUAGACAUCUAAUGGAGACAGACUGAUCUAGAAUAUAUAAAUAAAUAGUUUUAUUUAAAGAGUUUGUUAAAAUGGCAACAAAAAUAGAUUGGUGAAAAUUUUGGACUAGAAUUUGUCAAAUGUUUUUUAUAUUUGAUAAUAUCUACUCAAAUGUUUUAUGUAUGUGUCAUCAUGCACUUUUUAUUUUUAGCAAAAUGCUCCUGGUCACAUGGAUGAAACUCAAAUAGUGACUUUUCCAAAUGUAAUGCUAAUAAACUAUUGAGAAAUCCAGGAUCAAACUCUGUUACUGUGGUAUUGCGCUCUGUAUCCCCUUACAAAAUCUUACUGGUAGCAGAUUUCGGAGGAUCAUACACAAGAGAUGCUACAUGUUUUUUUUAUGUCUUUAAUAUGGUUUUGUAAUACAAUAGGGCUAUUCAUCCCGAGCUGAAUUAAUAGUUUUCUUUACAAGGCCCAGCUAAGACAUUGUCCUCCUCUACAAAAGACCCUUUUAGUGUCAGGUACAAGAUAAGGGGGUAGUUGGGCCUGGCAGGCAAGGGGAGAUAGAUAUUUGGAAAGAGGGGGAUGGUGACUAAGAUACGUGGUAAAAAAAAACAACAAACUGUGUGGCCUGGAAAACCGAGCCAAAAAUUAAUUAGUUGAUGAAUAUUUUCAACAGUUUGGAAAGAAUAUAUAUUAGGUGUAAUAAGUGUAUUAUCCAGGAAACACGUGGUUCUCUAAGUUGUAAUUAACUUUAUUUUGUUAAAUUUUAAAAAAAUAUUUUUAUAAUUUUUUGUUUUGUUUUUGUUUUGUUUUCGUUGUUGUUGUAUUGGAGUAAUCUUACAAUCAAACCAUAAGUGUUUUAGUUAAUUUGCACAAUUACUUUUUCAUUCUUAAAAUUCUCAUUUUAAAUAAUCAAAUGCCUGAUUUAAACCCAUAAGACAAUAUUGUGUUCUAGGACAUGAAACCUGAUUUCUCAUUUAAAAUGUUCAGGAUUACAUCAGGUUUGUUCUGUGGGUGGGUGGAGGGGGUCGCCUCUUUAAUCCAAUAAACACGUCAACAUCAUUACCCAUGCUUGUAAUCUCAUUGCUAAUUGCUCCCACAAUUGGCCGUGCGUUAUGAAUCCUUGUGAAGUAUCUCAUUCAUUGGCAUAACAAUAAGAUUUGCAGCCAAGGGAAGCCUCAUGGGUUUUGUUGGAAAAUCCAGCUGGUUUCAGGAUAUUUUAUUUUACAGUUUUGUAUAUACUUGUAUUUGGAUCUAUAAGAAAAUGCAGCUUUAAAACUUUCUAUCAACUAUGAAUAAAGAUCAGAUCUUUCUCACUGGCAUACAUUAUAUUUUAAUAGGACUUCACUAAAUUAUGACUAAAGGUAAUAACAUGGUUGUAGUUUUCGUUUAUGUAAGUCAAAUUAUACUGAGAAUUUGUUAUUCCAUAUUAUAUAAUCUAAUACUAGGGUUGGGAUUUGUUAUGCGAAUGCAUAAAACCAAAAUCAUGCUGAUGGUACUCGGUUUCAGUUUGUAUAAAUGUUAAUUGUUCUGUUUUGUGUAUCCAUUGUUUGUAAAAGUUUUGGUUUCAGUGGAUCUGAAAUAUGCUAAGUGUAAAGUUAUGACCAUUAUCAGUUUGCAUAUUGUCCUGCUCCUAACACUUCUCAAAGUUUCAACUUUUUGGAGAAAGUUUAUGUCAAUGACUUCACAGCAGAGUUUUUAUAGAGUAGAUUCUGUUUUUUCUGGUAAACUGAAAACCAAUUUUCUCAUAAUGUCAAGAUAAAGUGGCAUUCCGUUGCCAGUGUUAAAGGAACAAUCCAAGCGCAAUAAACACUACAGCACAUUCUAGUGGUUAUUGUGCCAAGCGUGUCCUUAAUAACCAAGAAGUUAAGGCAAACAAAAAGAUUUGCCUUAAUUAAAUGACACCCACCUACUUGAAGGCAAACCAUAUGUAAACGUCUUCUUAUCUGGACUCCACCAGCUUUCAUUCCCUGCCUUCACAACUUCCCACAGAAAGCCGAUGGCCUUAUUUUUCGCUCUUAGCCAAUGAUUUAUAGCUCUGCUCUGCAAGGCUUGGAUCUCGAGCAAAAAGAAGUGGUGGAGGUUGGAGCACUGCUUGUUGCACUCUGGGUAAGAAGUCAAAAAGGUUUGACUACUUACAAUUGAGGGCGUCAUGGAACUCCUGGCACCAUAACAACUACAGCACACUGUAUUAGAGUUUUUACCUCUUAUUGUAGAAUCUACCUUCUAAUUGUUGAACAAGAUCUUGGCUAUUUAUAUGACUUGCAUCCCGAGCAAGGCUGUCUGCACGUAAUCAAGAAGGAUUCUAAAAUCGAAAAUUCUUAAUUGCCUGCAGACAUUGAAUGUUCACAAAUUUGUAUUUAUUUCUUUUCUUCUUUCAUGCAUAAUCCAGAUACCAAAGGACUAGUAAUCAGGGAGCUAUCUCUCAACAUUCCCCGCUACUGCUAAAAUACAGGUUCCACCCCAUGGCAGCCUUAUAAUAGCCUCAUUGUCUUCAGACAAGCACUGUGUAACUUUGCCUCUAGCCUCUGUGUGGUAACCAAUUUACCUUAACAUAUGUCAAAAAUUCACUACUUUGAAAUCCUUUUGAGAUUAAACUGAAAGAACCUGCACCUGCCUUCAAAUAUCUUAUUCUUUAUACUGUUUUUUUUUAUUUUUUUUUUUUAUUUUUUUUUACACUGCUCAAAUCAAAAUAUCGCCCUUAAACUGGCCAUAGAAACAACUACACACAUUCUUGAUUAUUCCAUAUUCUAACAUGUGCUCCAACUGUCCCGAUUUUUGGCAGAACAGUCCCAUUUUCCAGGUUUUAUCUAUAUUAAUUUUUAAAAAAAAUUUCCUUCCCCUUGUGUCCCAUUUUUGCAGACGCCAGGGAACCGUAUCCAAAAAGUGUAACAUGAGAGUGUCAUUAGGCAUACGAUGCGUGUGCUGCAAGUAGUUCACUAGGACCCUGCUGAUGGCACUGAUACAGUGUAACCUGCAAGUUUUGCCCUCAGUGGGCUGACCUGCUUGAUUCACAGGCGGCAGAGCCAAUGACCUGGUCACUUCACAGGCAUUCCCCCUUUACUUCACUCUGCCACCAAUGACCCACUUCUCAUGACACCAAUAUUUGUGUUAUGUUAUAAUAAAAAUGGUGAACUUUCUCCCAGAUUAAAGAAGUUUUAAAAUAAAAUAUGGCUUGAUUCAAAAAAUUAAAAUCUAGUAUCAAAAGCGACCUUGUUGUAAAAUAUUAGACUUGUGCAAAUACAAGUUGAGCUGGGCGUCCAAAUUUCUUUUAGUCCACACCUGAACUAAUCAAUCCUUCCGGUAUUUUAUCUGUGGAAUCUUGUUCAAUAACUCUGCAUGUAAAUCCUGGAUAGAUCGAUUUAGUUCGCGUGUGGAUUAAGAGGAAUUUGUUUUGGACGAACGGACUCAAACUAAUUGUUGCACAAGUCUAAUUAUUCUGUAAUUACUCCAUGUUUAUACAAGUUUACAAGCGGUUAUUUGCACUACAGCAUAUUAUUUAUUUCUAAUUUUAAGAAACUCCAAUAUUUUCUGCAUUGCUGGCACAAUUAUGUAAUGGGAUAUGACAAAGAUGGUAGGUAUGUGGUGAAGGCCGACUUGCACAAAUGCGAUUACAGUCUAGGACAAAAAGUACCAGACCACCCUCCUAUAAAUAAAUUGCAAAAAUAGCAUACCAUAAAAUAAAUACUAAAUAUGCUAGGAUUGUUUGUUUGUUUAUUUCCCCACCCAGAAUGUUGACACAGAUCCUCUAAACCCAACAUGACUUCAGGGCAUAAGGAGGGUGGAAGAACAGGUAAAUAUAACAAGUUGCCCAUGAAAGAUGAGAGGCUGUUUGUUUGAAAGCUACCAAAAGUCACCAGUCAAUCCUCUCAUGAUAGUGAAUGUCUCAAUGUACUACUGAUAGAGGUUUCGAGAUGUCAAUCUGUCCUUUUUAUGCUGGUAGAACAACUUUCUUCUUCUCUGUUCUUGGUUGAUUGAGCUUAGAGAUAAAUUGCUUGUUUGUGAAGGACAUGAUUAACUAUAGCAGGUUGACAAUGGAUACUACUGUAAUAUUACAUUUGAUUAGAAUGUUGAUGAGCCUCAAAGAAUACAGCUUGAUGCAUAUCUCUACUGGUUUUCCUUCAGUACAGACGCUAUGAUGACCUCUUUAUUGCUGUCCAAACACUAAAUUGCCCCUGAGCAAGCUCCUGCUCUGGAUAGUAGGGAAACCAGCCCAACUGAUCUGAGCAGACUGUCAGCAGCAGGUGUAUCUGAAAAUACCUGACCAACCUCCAGGCAGAGAUGUACAACCUGCACAGGCCAUUUGUAGCUAUAGUGUUAAUUUCACUGUAGGUCCUAUUGUGUUUCCAAACUCCCUUCUACAUUUAAAUAGCAGUGCAGUUUGUCACUUACAAAAUAAAAAAAUUGAUGAGGGGGAUCGGCAGUCCUAAUAUUUAAACUAGGUACAUGCUCACGGGGCCUCCUUGCAGUAACUGCCAACAGCUAACAAAUAAGCCACAAUUCUAAGUGAAGAUAUUUGUAGAAUUUUUCUAUUUUUUUUUUUACCAUAGUGGACCGGCUAUGUUUUGACCUUAGUUCAAGGCCUUUGUUGUGCCUUGUCCAUUGUAUUUCUGAGCAGUUUGUCAGGGUGACCCUGUAAAUAGAUGAAUAAACACAACUGAUACAUCUACUAACUAAUCUGAAAAUGUUAUUACGAAGGGAGCCAAAUACAGAAAUAUUCCCAGUAUGGCAGAAUAAAAGAAACAUUGUUCAUGUUGAGGUUUUUCAAUUUAAUCUCUAAUUUUUAUUGCAUGACUUUUCCCAGAAUUCUUUUAAGAGACAUAGGCUGUCGGAGAAUUCAAGGUAGGCAACCUUUGGCCCUGAUGCUUUGCCAGCAUUAUGUAAGAGCAUUACAGGAGAUUCAGGUGCCGUAGGGUUCCUACCCAGGUUUUUAAGGGACUCUUCGAAGAUGCUACUUGGUAAAAUAAAAUUACAAAAUUAAAGUGGGUACAGGUUCUGAAGCAGGUGGGGGAAGGAAUAACAAUUUGGCCCUGCAUUAAGGUGUGCUUAGGUACUCUACACCUCCUGUUCACUCUCUAUUAGUGAUAUUAUAAAAGUAUUUUUUUAAGAAACCAUCUGCUCUUUCGAACAAUGCAUUAUUUAUUUAGAUUACAUAUUUACCUACCAUCAAUUGCUGCUAAUCUGGUCAUGUUAUAUUAUAACACUGAAAUUUAUUUUUUUGUUUGUUUUCAUCAUUUGAAAAUAAAUGUGAAUGAUUUUUUUAAAAGGCUGCAAACUCUCUAACUCAGCAAAACACAUAUUUUAUACUAAACCUCUGUAAAUCACAGUAUUUCACAUCUUUCUUGGUUUUACCCUUUUUAAGAUGACAUGAUAGGCUUUGUUCUUAUUUUCUGUUGCAAAUUGGGUUAAUUUCAUGGUUGUAGGACAGGGAGUAUGAGUUGUUGUAGCGCUACCAAUGUGUAGCAGCUGAAAUGCAUUAUGAGACUUGAAGUCUAGUAACUGGAGGGAUACCUUUUUGAAGCACCCCUGAUCUUGGACAAAAUACAUGUAUAUCACUGACAGUAUGGACUGGGAGCUAACCAGUUAAUUCAAGAGACCAUUGUAAGAAAGCUGAAGCUUGUACAGUAAGUGGGAUGGGAGUGGUCUGAAAAUAAAGAAUGAAAGGCCAGGAAUGUUAAUAAUUUCCCUGAGGUUAUCUUUAGAUAGUUGGAGGGAAAGAAAAGACCAUUAUACUUUAACUCCUCACUGCUCGAAAAGGAUCUCCAAAUUCUGCAAUAAUGCACAGUUUGGCAGAAAAAAAUCUACACUAUGCUAACAUUUGAAAUCCUUGCGCCCAGGUGUAUUGAUCAAUGUCGGUAAUUUAAAAUGCCUUACCUGUAUGUAGGGUGUAUCCAUUAAACACCUGGUUGUAGUGAAUUGAAUUCAUACUUUCAAAAAUUUAACCAAAAUUAGCUGAUCGGUGGGGGGGGGGGGGAAUCCAUCUCUUGAAUUGUAAUUUCUUGGCUAUUGUACCCUAAAUGUUGCACUUUUAAGUUUGAAUGGCUGAAACUAGAUCGAGGAGAUGCCCAUUACUAGCUUAUAAAAUCAGGAUUUGUGAACACACACACACUAAUUUUAGAGUACCUGCUAGGUCUUUGGCUGGUUACGUGAUGUACAUAAUGUAUGAAAGCUUUUAUUUUUCCAAGUAUUAUAACCAGUAGAGCCUGCUGCAGUGGUUAUGGUGCCUCGAGUACCCUGACCCUAUUGCCUGAUAAUGGGGCAAACACUUUUUGAGACGGUUUGCCCUGUUACCUGGGCCCCGCCAUGCCCCCUCUGAGUGGGGUGAUGUGCUUCUGCAGAGCUGCUGGAGUCGGCUGCUGAUCAUGCUGGUCAUUCGCUGGCUGAGUGCAUCAGCUGAUCGCUCAUAGCCAAUGAAUGACCCUCUGUGCAUGGGAUCUGGAACUAGUAAUGCUGUUGGAGUUGGUUUAUAUUGUUGCCUGAAUUGUAUCUUUGUAUGUGCAGUGUUACAUUGUGAAACACUCACCGCACAUACAAACUCCUAGCACCAUGGCCACUUCAAAACACUGAGGUGGUUAUGAUACUUGGAGUAACCAUAUACAUAAUACAAAUGCACAGCUCAGGCACUAGUUUUGUUGCUGUUCCGCCACUUAUCUCAGACCGUGUUAUUCAGUAAAAUCCAAACUGCAGUGAACUGAAAUCUUAAUUUAAUAAUUUAAGUUUAAAUAGACAAUUCUCCAACUUGGUUCUAAACCGAGCUUGGAUGUUUGCUGUCCACCUUUUGUCAUUCAGAUGCAUUUCACUACAAUUCCGCGUUUGGUUAAUAAACUGAGAGAAAUGCUGUAUAUACUGUCUACCCUCCCCCCCCCCUCCCCCCUCCCCCUAAGAGUUUCCAAGACACACUGAACAGGAUACAAUGUAUGGAAAGGAUUAUUUUAGAAAUAUUGGGGGCACGUUGGGUUUUGCCAAUAUUUUGAGUCAUUGAAUGGUUAUUAAAAAUCUACACUUCCAGUUGAUCUGGAUUCUGUAAUAUGAGUCACAAGGGUAUAUAGUUUUAAACAUAUCAGGGAAUGCUGUGGGAAGAUUUUAAGUUGGAUAACGGUUGGCACAGGAUUUAGUCUGUGCCAGCAGUUAGACAUCCGUACAGGUUUACACAUGUGUAGAAAUGUUAUUACUCUGUGUAUGUGAUCUAACAUAAGAUUUUUCUUGUACUUCCAGUCCAAAUGUUAGUUGCUCAUCAAUUAACAAAGCCUAUAAAAAGUAGCAAAGUGAUGUACUGCCUACAGUGAACAUCAGAGAGCCACCAUAUUACCAAAAGGAUUACUUCCUUUCAAAUAAUACAGAUUAUUGAACUGUGCACAUAAACAAUAUACAGUUUUAAUUUGUAUAAGGCUACUUAAAAAAAUCCCCUAUCUUAGCACCCCAUAUUGUGUUAAGCCCACCCAGUGGCGUACACACAACCCAUGGGGCCCCAGUGCGAAAACGUAUCCGUGGGCCACCCCCCACGCUUACUCUGUGCGGGCCGGGGCCGCAACACAUGGCGGCGGGCACCUGGUCCCCUGCGACCGCGGUAUGUACGCCAGUGCAUGCAGAUACAGACACUUAAAGGACCACUACAAACACCUAGAUCACAUCAGCUCAAUGAAGUGGUCUGGGUGCCAGGUCCUUCUAGUUUUAACCCUGUAGCUGAAAACAUAGCAGUUUCAGAGAAACUGCUAUGUUUCACUGAGGCUUAAUCUAGCCUCUAGUGGCUGUAUCAUUGACAGCCGCUAGAGGAGCUUCCGUUAUUCUCACUGUGAGAAGACGCUGAACGUCCAUAGGAAAGCAUUGAGUAAUGCUUUCCUAUGGGCGGUUUGAAUUUGCGUGCUGCUCUUGCCGCGCAUGCGCAUUCGGAGCUGAGAGGAGGAUCAGGGCAGAGGGAUCCAGCGCUGGAGAAAGGUAAGUGCUGAAGACGCACACACGCAUACACACCAGCUAACAGACACACACACACUCUCAUGAACAGACGCAUACACACUAGCUAACAGACACACACUCAGUGACAGACACAUACAUACACACACUCACUAACAGACACCAAACAGACUCACUAACAGAUGCACACAAACUGACACAAAAACUAACACACACACACUCUAACAAGAACACACACACACACACACACACGUUUUUAAAAAAUUUAAUCCCCCAGCCUCCCUACCUUUUUGGGAGUGCUGAGGGGGGAUUCCCUGGGGUCCAGUGGUGUGCGAGGGAGCACUCUCCCCUGAGCGCUCUCUGUUCAGCUCCCUUGCGCGCCACGUACUGAUGCCGGAGCCGGAAGAUGACGUCAUCAGUGCGAUGCGCGAGGGAGUUGAAGAGGGAGCACUCAGGGGAGAGUGCUCCCUCGCGCGCCCGCCAGCCUGCCCGCCGGGUGACACCAGGAACAGCCUCAGGGGGGCCCUGAGGUGGCCGGCUCCUGGGCCCCCCCAGGAGAAGAGGCUGGCCACACUGGGUACAUGCCGGGCCCGGUCGCAGCCGCAACCCCGGUAUGUAUGCCACUGAGCCCACAACUACUUCCCAGUACCCCAUUAACGGUGGAUCCUACUCUAUAUGGUGUAACUGAAUCCCAAUAUUUGUUUGCUAUGAUAGGUGAUUUUAAAUAUCCUUGUAAAAUGUAAAACUUGUAUUAUGAUCCAUAUUUUGGUCUUUAUGGCAGAACCACUACUUAUUUCCAGUACAAGAAAAAAAGAUUUUUGGUACCUGUACUGCGAGUACAGGUACCAAGGUCCCUGCUCUAAGGAUCGAAAAGAAAUUCAAAGAACUAAAGCUCCAGAACUCAGUAAAAACACACAUUUCACCUAAACUCACCAAGUGCUGGAGCUUUAUUUCUAUGUAUUAUUUCCUGUUGCCAUACCUACAGCAGAAUCUGUAUUAGUUUCUCUCUCCAUUUCCACAUGACUUUAUUUACUUAAAGGACCACUAUAGUGCCAGGAAAACAUACUCGUUUUUCUGGCACUAUAGUGCCCUAAGGGUGCCCCCACUCUCAGGGCCCCACUACCGCUGGGCUCUAGGGGGUGGAAGGGGUUAAAUUUACCUCUUUCUCUUCUCUGAAAUCUGGCACACUAUUCUUCUCUGAAACUGCUAUGUUUAUAGAAGAAAGGGUUAAUCCUAGGUGGACCUGGCACCCAGACCACCUCAUUAAGCUGAAGUGGUCUGGGUGCCUAUAGUGGUCCUUUAAUACACAGCUGUACCCUCUGUUUGUGCUAUGACCUGUAAGCCACAGCAUCAUGGGAAAUGUAGUUCACAUUAUCUGGAAUGCCAUGCUUGAUCAAUGCAAUGUCAGGUAAGAUUGCAUUUUAUUAGUGACCGCAUAAUAUCCCCAAGGCCGUAGGCAGGUUGCGGUUUGGGCCCCUCCUUUGUUCUUCAUGGGGAUGGUGAAUUGGGCCAAGCAGGUUAUUGGUUCCAUUUCCUGCCCAACCCCUGGGCCCUAGUUGUUCUUCUAAGGUCACCUUAUGGUUAAUCCUGCUCUGAUGAGCGUACAUCCAUAGGACAAUGAGCCACGAGGGAAGGUUUAAUGAUGUCCUCUUCUGCUCUGAAUGGGUUGAGUAGUUGACAUCUUGAAUUACUCCACUAACUGGUGGUUAGAUAAUGAGCUGCAAAACAGGUGUCACAAUACUUGUCUGAAAGUGUAUCUGUCUUCUUUACUUUGGCUAGCUGUCGACACACCACUUCUUGUUUACUAAAUAAAACCCCCAAGAACAUUUUAAACUACACUCCUGAAACGCCUUGAGGAGAAAGACCUUGGACCCCAAGCAGUAAUUUUAAUGGAUUACUGGCACUGUACCGCAUUUUCCUGGAAAAGCUGAUUUUGUAAAACCGAAGAAUCCUAUUAAAGUUUUAUUGAGGGAACUGAUUUGUAGAGCAAUUGAUUUUUAUCAGAAGAAAAUCUUAUAAAUAACAGCUCUAGAAGAAUCUAGAAUAGAUCAUCCUGUACAGGACGAGUCGAGUACAGCUGAAACCCAUAGGGCAUUGUUUAUUUCUGUGGACCUGUAUACCUCAGUGUCUCUGUACACACAGAUGUGUGCUUCUGUAGAAACACUCUGUACACAGACCAGUCUGCUGCAGUACAUGCCUCUGCAGUCCAGAUUUUUGAAUCUAUUAAAUAGUGUGCCAGAUUUGCAUUGUACGAUCAAAUAUAUGAAAACAGACAGGCAUGGGUCACACAUUCAAAACCAAACUAAAAAAUAAACCCAGCUAUGUACCCCUGCCCAGUGGGCAUAACAUCACUGAUGGGAGAGGGACAGAAUUGAUGGCAGGGAAGGGAAUCCCUAGUGUGUGUGUGUGUGUGUGUGUGUGUGUGUGUAUAAUGUAUAUCUCCAUCUCACUCAUAACUAAAGUCUUACCAUUUAGACUGUAUCUCGUUCCCGUCUAAUAAUGGUUCUUCUUUACAAAAAAUUUUAUUUAUUUUUUUAAACUGAAUGGGUUAACUCCCUUUUAUUGAACAGGGAUUAAGAAGUAACCAGUUCUACAGUGAGCUCUGAAGCAAAGUUCCAAAAGUGUAUUUCAUAUUCCAGUCAUUUUGUGACAAGUGAUGUUAUGUGACUUUGGAUUUAUACCUUCCAUGUGACUUGUGUUCUGGAAGAACCAUAACCUACAAAUCCCCAGAGUGCACCUUUCCUUGUCUAAAAUAUAGUUUGGCUGGACAUUGUUCCGGGGUAAUCACAGGUAUACUAAGAGGUGUAUGUAUAUAUGAAUGUGCAUAAUCUAUGCUUUACUGUAGACCUUUAAUUGCACACAUCUCCCAUAACCAUUUGGUCACAAUAGGUGGACAUAAUCGAAAGCACUAUUUGUUGACCAAAAGCAUUGUUCCGGAAUACAAUAGUUAUUUUAACUAACACAACUUCCCACCAUACACUUAAAGCAAAACUGUCACCAUCUGAGGACUUUGUGACACUGCCACUGGGGUUCUGGUUUCGGGGGGUGGUGGAAAGGAGGGACUGACACUUCAUGAUGGGGGUAGCUCAUCAAAUAGUCCCUACUUUUGUCUUGUGUUUUUGGUUAGAAAUAGAAGGAAAAAAAAAGCGAAAGAGAUUGGGGGAAAAAGUUAAGUGUUGCUUUAACCUGACAUUAAACAAGCAAACACUCUACUAAUUAAUGGUCUCUGAUCAGUGUAGAAUGGGCAGCAGAUAAAAAUAAUUAAUUACUUGCUUUGUAAACACAUCCUCAAUUGUAUGUAACAAACACAAACUGUCCACUAGAAUAGAUGGAUCCCAGUACGUUUUUGUUUAUUUAGUGGAGUUCACUUAGACAGUUGGGGGGAGAUUGUGGGGUUUAUUAACAGAAAGGUGUAUCUUGGCCAACUUGCUAAGAUUGCAUGCAUUGUUUUAUCUUCUUACUCUUAAUGAAUGCAAACUUUUAGUUCAUCCUGUUUAUGUACACAUGCUGAGCGGAGUGUUCCAUGUAUAUAUUUGCUCUGCAAAUAGGCUAUUUCCUCAAAAAACAAAAUCUGAAUUGUGUCCCCUCCCCCUUCUCUCUUUUGUAAAGAAAGAUCACUGUGACCUUGUUUAUAGAAAAAUAUAUAUUCUAAUAUAAAUAAGACAGAGGGUUCACUCAUCCAAAUCACGCAUUGUUUUAAUGUGAUAUACAAAAAUGACACCUGUGCUAUAAUUUAACCGUGCUACAAUCGAUGUUUUGACCCCUUAAGGGAAUGCUAAAGAUCAGCAGAUAAAAUAAAAGUGUAUAAACAUAUACAAAAAUCUUAAAGAAACUCACCAAUACGGUACACUUCCGGGUUCGUGUCGGUCUGAUGACUGUCUUCACAGUAUCAGUGAGUUUCUUUACUAUUUUUAUAUAUAUUUAUGCACUUGUAUUUUAUCUAAAGAUCUUGAAAGACCCUUUAGGGGUCGAAACAUUGAUUGUAGCACAGAUGUAAAUUAUGUAUAUCACAUUAAACCAUUGCGUGAUUUGGGAGAUCUAUGAGUGCACCCUCUUCCUUAUUUAUCUAUCUAUCUACACACACACUGUAUAUUGCAGCAUUUUAUAUAAAUCUACUUAUUUAAAAAAAAAAAAAAAAAAAAAAACACCAAACAUUUUUAUAGCAAUGUGUUCGGCAGUUUUCGGAAGAGUGAGUCAUGCUCAAAACAUCCCAGGCUUCUGCCUACGGCCACUGCAAGAUGCAUAGAAUCAUGCUUGCUGUAUUGUGUAUAUUUUAAAAUGUAUAUAAUUUUUUAUUUUAUUUUUUUAAUGCAUUUUUAUACUGUCAUUUAAAGGGGACUAGUACCCUUUUUAUUUAAUACUCUUUUACUCCCCCCAAGAAAUUCCUUGUUGAAGCAUUUUGUGAGGUACAGAAAAAAAGUAGAAACCUCUUAACUCUGUAUCACUCUCGGGUGACCCUGCCACCAUAGUCUUUAGAUGUCCUAAUAUUUCCACGUGCAUAUAGAGGAUCAUGAAACCGUUGAAAUACACUUUGGAUUUCAGUGUUCCAGAGCAGCCUUGACUUUAAAGCUCAUUGCAAAACAAAAAGGUUAUUUUUGAAAAAAAUGAAAGCACAAUUAAGACCCAGUUUAUAUUUGCUAUUCCGAUAUAUCAUUUUUCCACUUUAUAUGUUUUGGAGCAAGGCAAUAAGAAGCCCCCUAACCAGGACACACUGACAUUUUUGAAUUUUACUCUAGAUGUCCGUACCAUUGCAAAACUACAUUUUCUAAACAUUAAAUUGUGUGCUUCUACCAUUGAAUAGUUUUAAUGUUCUUUUGAUUGAAAUAUAGAUGCAUGUUUAAUGGAACUUCAGUUUAGUAGGUAGGCAAAGAUGGGAGGGCAUUGUUUGCUAUACAAAAUGAUCUCUACAUACCGCAAACUUUUUUUUUUUCCUAUAUUGUGGAACAGAGAAACCAAAAAUAACAUCUUUAGCAUUAAGCUGGAUAACAAGUGAAUACCCUAACAAAGCAUCUUCUUAAAGUGAUACCUGGGAUACUCAGGCACCUUUUGUGAUGCAGAGAGCAGGCGAUGAUUCCUGUAGAGUGAGCGAAAGUAAUUUAAGCCUCUAUUGUUCUCAAAUGAACCCAUUGAAGUACAGUAUCUAUCUAACAUUCUGUAUAUCUGAGUGGCAAGCUCGUUCCUCGAGUCAUUUUCUAACUAGUAAUGCUCACUGCAGGUCACUCUUAACAGGUAAGCAAAGGAUUUAAUCUAAGGGGGAAUUUAUGGUGCAAAUACUGUUUUUAUAUUGGGGAAAGAUUUUACGAUGCUUUUAAAAGUGUGUGUGUGUGUGUGUGUUUUUAUUUGAGCAUGUCCUUUUGUAGGCCUUUAAGUGUUAUGUGACCUACAGUUAGAGAUGUAUACACUAAAUGGGAAGAUGAUCUAAAUUGACCAACAGAUUCCAGAAAGCUAACCCGAACUAGUUUAGGUUAAAAUGGUUUGGUUAAUCUGGUCUAAACCACACUACGGUAUUGUAACCUACUCAGAACUGACUGUUUAGUGAGUAAUCCUUAGUGCAGAUUAAAACAAGUUAUGCAUAUUUUAGUUAUCAGCAAAAGCACCUUGAGUAUGGCUGUGCCUUUGACAAACAUUCCUCUAAUAAAGUCCGCUUCAGUUAUUGGGUAAUAAAAUUGUAUCCCGCUGCCGGCUCUGUAUAGGAAGUGAUUAUAACAAAGUUGCUGGUGCAUGUUAACCGGAAUUUGGUAAUUAUCAAACGUAUUUUAUUUCAUUCUUGCAGUCUAGAUCUAUGUAUCCAUGUGGUGCAUACAUUUCUAGACAUGUACAGUGGUGCAUGACGGUCCUAUAGGAAUAUCAAAUAUAAUGUAUAUGUAUUAUAUGCAUAUCAAACCUAGGCAUGUAUGUGGAUUUCAGAUCAUAUUUUAUGUUGACUGUAGGAAAUACUGGAUUAAUUUAUGCGUGUGUGUAUAUAUAGUAUAAUCAAGAGAAAUAUAUAAACCAAUGCCAUUAUCCAUUUUAGUUACCAAGAUUGAUUUGUCUGAGCAUAAUGCACGGAAAUCUAUGGGUUUUUAAUUGUACAUAACCUUUUUCUAGAGUAAAGAUUGAGCACGUAAUUACAAAUCGAGAAUUUGGGGCUAAAAAAUAAGCCGGGUUGAGGUAUUUUUACAAUUUGGCUACAUUGACCUAAAUAUGAAAUUCCUUGGGCAGUUCCUGAAAAUUCAAAAAAUAUAAAUAUUUUUAUUUUUUUUUUAAACUCAGAAUUUAUUGUUUUGCUGUACCUGUGUGAAUUCGUUUUGAUUUUGUGGAGCCGAAAGCCUUGUGUCAGAAAGUUAAAAUGACCAGUUUGAAACAUUUGAACACUUGGAUUUCACCGCUUCAUGAUCUUGGUUCUAGAGCUUAGUACAAAGCUUAUGUCCGCAAAUUCCAUCUCUAUCUUGGCUGGGCAUAUCUCCUCAGUACCCACUCACAAGCGGCUUGCCUUCAUUUUCAUACACUGGCAAUUCACUUCUCACAGGAGCACGUCUUUUCCAAUAAAACUGAAUAUGGGACUUAGGGUGGAACUUGUCAAGGAGCUGGGACCUAUUCUGUUGUCUGGACCCAAAUGGAUAAGCCUGCCUUACACAUGUAAACUUAUAAUACCAAUGUUUACAAGCAUUCUAGCUAAUAUCCUAUUCCCUCUAAUAAUUUUUCUUUAAAUCAGCCAGUGCUAUCUUUGUGAAUGUACACAUUCUGUGUGUGUUAUCUCCGUGAAUGAUCACAUUCUGAUAAGUGUGUUAUUGUGUAAUGCUGUCUUUGUGAAUGAUCACAUUCUGAAUAGUGUGUGUACACUCUCAUUGGGAAUGUUCAUAUUCUGUGUGUGUGUGUGUGUGUGUGUGUUAAACAUAGCACUGUGAUAUACAUAUUGAAGUCACUUCCACAGAAAGCUAUGAUUAACUAUGAUUUAAAGGAAGUUUUUAGCCAUUCCCUCCCACAAACCGUUUUCGUGAUAGCCUGCUACCUAAUUUAAUUGAGCUGUACUUUACCAUAAACUUAUUGUAGCAUGUAUAAUAUAAAUAACCAUUUUAAAAAAAAUUUUUUUUUCUUUUCACUUAAUUUACUCAUAAAAUAGACUACAGUGACUCUCACUGUACCUUGGGAUUUCCCUCUAACCAGUAUAUUUUCUGCUUUGUGUAAACUCGGGCAGGCAGGUUUGACAGGUCCAGCAACCACUCCCGUUAUACCCGAAACCUGAGAGAGGAGGUUAGGGCUUGAUAAAAUUGAUCUUUACUAGUGGCCAUUCUUUUUUUUUUUUUUUUAUAUUCUUUAUUUUGGUUGUGCAAAAAUGAUAGAAUACAGGCAAGCUUAUAAUAUGUCACAUUAGCAUAGGCAAGCUUCCAUAAACACAAACAAUGUAUUAUAUGACAUAUGAGGAACAUGCACAUUUUUUUUAUAUCAUGUGGUCAAACAAGCUUCAACAUUCUAUGUGAACAGGUAGGUAACAGAUGAGACUUGCACAUUUUUAGGAUAUGAGUAUAAAGGAGGUGAUCAUGUCACUAUGCAUAGUGUAGGAUAUAAAACGUGUUUAAGGGCAGGUCGCACAAGCAAUAACAAGAUUGGUAUAAACCGUUUUGUGGCCUUGGAGCUAAGUUACAUGUCACGGUUCCACCAGUAGCAUAUAAUACAGGUUGUAGGGUAUCCAUGUUAAUCUAUGAGACUCAAACAAUAGUGGUAAUAUCUUGCUGCACCUGUUAGCUUAUGAGAGAUAUAAAUGUUAGCAUAGAUUUUUUUUUUUUUUUACGCCUAUAUCUGCAUAUAUAUGGUUUGUACUGACAGUAGCUAACAAGGCUUAGGGCCACUGGAAUCAAGUUGCCUUUAAGGCAGUAACUAGAGCGAGUAGGUACAAUAAAAGUAAAAUGGCGGACAUUAAAAUAAGGCCUUAAAACAAGGGAACCGCUUUUUCUUGUAAUGCCAUUUGUGGCAGUUAUCAUAGAUUUUGCCUGUUCGAAGGAUGAUCUAGGCUAUAUGUAUUGCCAGCCUUAGUUUAGUGGACAUUCUUAAUCAUUUAACAAGGGAAUAUGAAAUGCAUACCUUCCUUUUUUUUUCUUAAUAACUGAUUGAGACUUCUACAUUAUUUUUAAUACGUACACCGGGUUAUUUGAGACUAUUGUCUUUUUACACAUUUUUGUUCCUGAUUAUUUUGGCCAUUUUCCCUUUCCUGGGCAGCAUUGGAAGGCAAACAAUCUAUAUAUUUAGAGUGAAAACGUUGAUGUAGGUAAGUACUUUUUAAUGACUAGUGACUCAGCUUUCCGACUAUCUCCGGAGUCUUUGCUUAGAGCUGGCAGAACAUGAAUAUUCAAAUCAUUCUGCUCUUACUUUGUCAACAUUGAUUUCUUUACUCUAAAACUAAUCUCUCUGUACUUCCUCUUUUUACCAUUGAGAAAGCAGAUUUUUGUAUCCAACUCUGUGAAACGGUUCUAACUUUGCGGAAAGGCUUAUAACUCUGCAUAUUGAAAGUGAUUGUAUAAAGUGUGUGUGGUUUGUAUGUGUGUGUGUGUGUUGACAUUUUGUUUCUUGUAUGGAGUUCAAUUUUAUGCUUUGUUUGUCUGUCUUUAAGAUUUAUGUUGGUAUUAAAAGAUUUGUAGUAGAGGUUCCUUCCAACCAUGUAGUGUCAUGUAGGUGUGUGUGUGUGUGUUUUAAUCGGUUAGCGUUUAUUAUUAUUAUUAUUAUUAUUAUAUAUAUAUAUAUAUAUUUUUUUUUUUUUAUCGGUGUCUCCUUGACACAAUAUCUCAUUAAAAAUGGCUAAUGGAAAUGACAUAUAAUAGUUCUAUAUAAAACGUCUAUCGUGGUGUGUAGUUUUUGUGACAAUAUAUCUGAAUAAAUAAAUGUGUGAGAGUCUGGCCAAUAUACAUUCAGAGAAAGACAAUCUGUGUAUACAUAUUCAUGUAACAGAGGGUGGGUUUUAUUAUAUAUACUAUAUAUGUGUAUAUGUAACCGGAAUAAAAGAACAUUCCAGUACAAACAUUGUUUUGUUUCGCCUUAAAAUAAACACAAGUGCUAGGUACAUUUUUAGUAUUUUUUUUUUUUUUUUUUUUAAAGAAACUAAUCUUUUCACGUAAUGGAUAAAGUUAGAACACUUUUUCACAAAUCUGCUGCUAAAUUAUGCAAAUUAAUUAUCAAUUUAACACUGUUCAAUCUCUAGUUAAUAAUCGUGUAAAUGUGUGUUAUUCCCUGAUGGGAUUAUUGAGUUUUACUAAAUUGACCACUGAUUUCUAAAAUUUAGCAGAUUUUGGGAAGUGUUCUACCUUUAUCCAUUACAUGGCAAAGUUACAAUUUCUUUCAAAAGUUACAUAACUUUGGUGUUUAUUUUAAGGCAAAACAAAACCAUGUUUGUACUGGAAGGUUCUUAUUCAGGAUACCUAUCCCAAUUUGAAGGGACAAGAAGGCAAAAUGCUGUAACAUUAGCAAUCCAGUGCUACCAUUCAGAAUUUGCUAUAAUCUGCACACAAAGGGCAAAGGUAACAUGUACCGCACCUGUUUAUAACAAUAGUAUAUCUAUCCUCUAUCUGACAGAUCUAUCACUGCCCACCAAUUUACUACUUUUGAUUUUGCGUAUAAAGUGAUAGCAUUUUAACCUUCUAAUUGCAAAGUGUAUUAGGGUGUGUCUCUGGUGUUUACAAAGUACAAAAUGUCCCUUCCUACAGCCAAAUUUCAUGAGCGUGCGUAUAUAUUUUACUCCACCAGUGAAGUGAAAUCACCUCUAGUAGCUGUCCGUAUGACUGCCGCUAUAGGUUGACUGAACCCUGCAAUGUAAGUACUGCGUUUUCUAAAAAAAAACAUAAAAAAAUAUGCAUUUACAUUUAAGGGUUAAAACUAAAGGACUUCAUUAAGAUGAAGUGGCUGGAGUGACUUUAGUUGACCUUUAAAGGGACAUUAUAGUCAUCAAAACAAGUUUAGCUUAAUGAAGCAGUUUUGGUGUAUGGAUCAUGUCUCUGCAGUCUCACUGUUCAACUUUCUGUCAUUUAGGAGUUAAAGGGACACUCCGGGCACCCAGAUCACUUCUGCCCAUUGGAGUGGUCUGGGUGCCAACUCCCACUACCCUUAACCCUGCAACUGUAAUUAUUGCAGUUUUAAUAAACUGCAAUAAUUACCUUGCAGGGUUAACUCCUCCUCUAGUGGCUGUCUACUUGACCGCCACUAGAGGGCACUUCCUGGUUUUGUGGACCUCCAGCGUCGCUAAAAUCCCCAUAGGAAAGCAUUAAAAGGAAUUUCAAUGCUUUCCUAUGUAGAGGUCUAAUGCGGGAUCAGUCUCCCGGCCGGUUGAUGUGGUGACUGGGAGCAGCGUGGGCAGAGGAAGAAGCAGCGACGAGGGACAUCGUCGCUGCCUCUGGUAAGUCACUGAAGGGGUUUUCACCCCUUCAGCAACCCGGGAUGGGAGGUGGGAGGGAGAGGGGACCUGCAGUGCCAGGAAAACUGAUUGUUUUCCUGGCACUGGAGAGUCCCUUUAAGUAACUUUGUUUACUCCAUGUGUGUGACUUGCAAAGCCUUCCCAAUUACUUCCUAUAAAGAGAGAGAUAAUAUUUAUAUACCUUUUUAUUGCAAAAAAAGAAUGUAUUUCCUGCUCUGUUAAUGGCAUUUAUAGAUCUUGCAGGAACCUCUUGUAUGUAACUGAAGUUCAAUUUAUAAAGCAAGAGAUAAACAUUUCUAAAAUUAACAUCUGAUUGAAAAUGUAAUUUAUUUUUUUUCUCAUUAAGGCUGUCACAGCCAGCGUAGGUGUAGUUAGGGCUGUAUGGACAGAAACAAAAGUGAUUUAAAGGGAAACUAUAGUCACCAGAACAACUACAGCUUAUUGUAUUUGUUCUGGUGAGUAGAAUCAUCAUUCCCUUCAGCAGUGGCGUACACACAACCCAUGGGGCCCCGGUGCGAAAACUGAUCCGUGGGCCCUCCCCCCAUGCGCGCUUAAUCUGCGCGGGCUGGGGCCGCAACACAUGGCGGCGGGCACCUGGUCGCAGGGCUGCGACCGCGGUAUGUACGCCAGUGCAUGCAGAUACACAUACACUUAAAGGACCACUACAGACCCCUAGAUCACAUCAGUUCAAUGAAGUGGUCUGGGUGCCAGGUCCCUCUAGUUUUAACCCUGCAGCUGAAAACAUAGCCGUUUCAGAGAAACGGCUAUGUUUCACUGAGGGUUAAUCCAACCUCUAGUGGCUGUCUCAUUGACAGCCGCUAGAGGAGCUUCCGUGAUUCUCACUGUGAAAAUCACUGUGAGAAGACUCUAAACGUCCAUAGGAAAGCAUUGAGUAAUGCUUUCCUAUGGACGGUUAGAAUGUGCGCAUUCGGAGCUGAGAGGCGGAUCGGGCGGAGAGAUCCCCAGCGCCAAGGGAGUCCGGCGCUGGGGAAAGGUAAGUGCUUAAGUCACACACACGCGCGCGCUUACACACUAGCUAACAGACACACACUCAGUGACACAUACAGACACACUUACAAAACACACACUAACAGAUGCACACAAACUAACACACUCAGUAACACACUCACUGACACUCUAACACACACACACUAAUACUAACACACUCUAACACACAAGUUUAAAAAUAAAAUAAAAAAAUAAAUGUAAUCCCCCCCAGCCUCCUUACCUUUUGGAGAGCUGAGGGGAUUCCCUGGGUUCUAGUGGUAUCGGCGGGUGCGUGCGCGAGGGAGCACUCUCCCCUGAGUGCUUCCUCUUCAGCUCCCUCGCGCGCCGCGUAGGGAUGCCGGCGUCGGAAGAUGAUGUCAUCUUCCGCCUCCUUUAUCAGUGCGGAGUGCAAGGCUCCUGGGCCCCCCAACAGAAGAGGCUGGCCACAGUGGCAUACAUACCGGGUCGCAGGGCAGCUGGGCCCCCUGGUGGGCCGGGUCCGGUCGCAGCCGCAACCCCGGUAUGUACGCCACUGCCCUUCAGGUGUUUUGCUGUAAACAAUCUUUACAGAGAAAAUGCAGUGUUUACAUUACAGACUAAUGCUAAUUCCAUUGGCCACUCCUCAGAUGGCUGCUAGGGGUGAUUCCUCGGGCAGUCCUGCCUAGUAUGCAGCACUGCCAUUCAGUGCCUCCUCUCUCUGCAUGCAGACACUGAACUUUCCUCAUAGAGAUGCAUUGAUUCAAUUUAUUUCUAUGAGGAGAUGCUGAUUGACCAGGGCUGUGUUUGACUUGUGCUGGCUCUGUUCCUGGUCUACCUCCUUAACAGUUCAGCUCUGCUUCACUCCCACCGUAUUUGAUUGCUAUUCCCUGUCCUAUUGUGUUUUACACUCCACCUCCUAUAGACUGUAAGCUCGUUUGAGCAGGGUCCUCGUCAACCUGUCGUUCCUGCAAGUUUCCUUGUAAUUGUCCUAUUUAUAGUUAAAUCCCCCCUCUCAUAAUAUUGUAAAGUGCUACGGAAUCUGUUGGCGCUAUAUAAAUGGCAAUGAUGAUGAUAAUAAUGUCUCAGCCAAUCCUAUGGGGAAGCAUUGUGAUUGGCUCAGACCACCACUUCUGAUGAUGUCAGCAGACAGGGGCAGAGGAAGCAGCUGCAGACUUGAAUAUAAGUAAGAUUUUACUAUAUUUAGGGAGGCAGGAGGUGGCUAGAGGGGCUAGAUGUUGGUUUAAACACUGUAGGGUCAGCAUUACAUGUUCCUGACCCUAUAGUGCAACUUUAAUUUCUAAAUGACAAUGAGAUUUCAGAGGUAAGAUCUAUACACAAAAACAGCUUCAUUAUGCUGAAGUUGUUUUUUCUAACUGUAGUGUCCCUCUAAGUUUCCAAGUUGAAUAUUUUACUUCAGUAAGUUAUUGUGACUGCUACCUCUUGAAUUACUUCCUCAUAGGGAUUCACAGUUUGAAACGAAAUUUGUUAAAUUGACAUUUUUCACUUUUCGGUUCAUACCAAAUCGAUAGUUCAACCAAUGUUGGGGUAACUGAAAAUGUAUAAUCCGAAGUAGAUUAAUUUCCUUGCACAUGUCUAAUAGGUGCACUAACCACUAAGCUCUUACACUCUCACUUGACUGGAAAUAGUUCUGUUGCAGAACUAUGACUUGUACCUGCAUUCCUUGCAUAGUUUAAUUCAAUCUCUGAUUAACAAUAUACUCCCUAAUUUAGAUAUUAACAAGGAAACAUUUUAAGUGCCACCCAAACCUGUAAUAAUCCCUACAUUCAUAAAUCAAUUCUUCUCCUGUCUUCCACUUGUCAGUCGACCGGUUUUACACGUUUGUUAACAGACUUAACGUGCUUUAUUUAUUUAUUUAUUUGUUUGUUUGUUUGUUUGUUUUGGCUGGUUCCUUGUUCAUUUUAUAUGUUAAGCAUAUUUACUGGGAAAGAAAAGUUGUUACAAGUACUUACUGAAAAGUGGAAAAACCGUAUGAAGCAUAGCAAGAAGGACAAACUAGGAAAUGAAAAAGCUCAUUGUAAUGUUUAAUAUACUUUAUUAAGUCUAAGUGACAGAAGUUAUAACAACCCUAGCCUGCUUAAGUUGUUAUGAUGCCAGGUGCACCAUGGCCUAGUUACCCCAGAAUGGAGCAAACCAUUUAGCAAUGGUUUGCCCCCUUGCCCGGGUCCCACUGGGUAUUGACGCUCCCUCGCGGUCUGGUGGCAAGCUUCUUGAGAGCCGCAGAAGCCAGGAGCUGUGCCACUCUGCCACGUACAGCCAUUGACUGACAUUUUGUAAUUUGAAAGUUGCAAAAAAAUCACAUUAGUCAGCCCAUAACUCUUGUUCCAGGUACUACUGGCUGGAAACACUCUGCCAAAGGUGGAGUUAUGCCUCUGGCGGCAGAGGUGUUAAAAUCUAUGUGGUGUUUCAUAUCGAAACUCUGAAUAUACAGAGUCUAGGCACCAUGACCACUUUGAGUAACCCUUUAUAAAACCUAAACUAAUCCUCCAUUAGAUGCUCACCGAGUCUCCACUCCUUCAAAAAAUCGUUAAAAACCCACUUCUUCAUAAAAGCGUAUCAAUUAAACUGUUAAUAGCUCCUGACCGAUUCCUCUUCUGCAACUGUCACUAGUCUAAUACUAUCCUUACCUUUUGUGUCACCCACUCCCUCUAGCAUGUAAGCUCAUUGAGCAGGGCCCUCAACCCCUCUGUUCCUGUGUCACUAUACUCCACUCCCUCUAGCAUGUAAGCUCAUUGAGCAGGGCCCUCAACCUCUCUGUUCCUGUGUGUCCAACUUGUCUGGUUACAACUACAUGUCUGUUCGUCCACCCAUUGUAAAGCGCUGCGGAAUUUGACGGCGCUCUAUAAAUAUCAUAAAAUUAAUAAAAAUAAAAAAACUGUAUAUAAUUUAAAUAUUUUUAUUUUAGCGAUGUACAUUAUAUUUUAUUUUUUUCCCUUUUUUUUUUAUUUUUUUUUUACAUUUUGUAAAAGUUUGUGUCCAUAAAAAUAUUAACUGUGCAUUGUAUGAUUUGUCAGGCUAGCUUAGCAGGUUCCUUUAUGCCCAUACUUAAUGUUAACUUUACUUAAUGAACAACAUGGAACUAUUUCCUAAGUUACAACGAACAUGUGAUGUAAACACAUGGUUUCUGUUUGGCGUGGCUUCACAAUGCACACCUCUAAAGAUGCGUGCUACAACUAACACAAUGUGAAUGUGAGGAUAAAAAUAACUCUUCAGCAUUUUUUGGUUCCUACUUUCCACGUAGUUGUGAUUUCUGAGCUCUGACUCGCCUGUGCCUCUUUCAAGGUGGGAGAGCCACCUGGUCCCUGGAUUUUAAUCACUGAUUGAUUAGCCAACACUGUUGGAUAUGUAUACAUCACAUUAGUGGGAGUUUACCUAAUGUAGGUUGUGCUUUGGAAAUACUUGGUAUACUUUAUAAUUCACCUGUGUAUCUGUGUUUGCAGUUUUUUUUCCAUGAAUAAGACUCCUGAGCUAUUUAAAGCUCAUUUUAUGUUACAGAAAAGUUUAAUUGGACAUUGAGUUUAUUACAUUCCAAAUUGGAAUUGUUAACAUAAAUUGAAGUUAGUAACUUUAGAAUAAUGUCCCCAACAAUUUACAGUUUUUGCUUUUUUUUUUUUCAAAUACAGUAUUUUUUUUAAAUCAAAUUAAGUAUAUAGGCCUUUUUAUGGCAGACUAUUUUAAUCAGUGUAUUGUAGAUUCUCUAUUGUUGAAUACGGACAAAUCAUUUUGAUUUCACAAUUUUUUUUUUCUCUUCUCCUCCAUAGGACCAAUCAACGGUGAUGAAGAGAUACUAGCACCUGACUUCAUUCCCUGAAACGGUCCCCGAUCCGUAUAUUUCAUUAUGGAGUUAAAAGUCUGGGUGGAUGGAGUGCAACGUGUGGUCUGUGGAGUAACAGAAAAAACCUCCUGCCAGGAUGUGGUCAUCGCACUUGCUCAGGCCAUAGGUAAAAACUUUAGAUUAUUUAGUUGUUCUACCAUCACUGUUAACAGUACCACUGGUUGCAAGUUGUUUUUGGACCAAUACAGUUAACUCCCAUGGUUCUUGGCGUGUUCCAAAGUGUUCUAAAUGAAAAACUGAUGGUUCUGUAUCAACUUUUUGACAAUUCCAACUGAAAUUUAUACAAUCUAAUUUAUUGUAAUGUCAAAAUAUCUUCUGUUUCAAAAAAUUAAUUGCUCUUUCAAGGAUAUCUAAUAUAUACUUUAAACUCACACCCCCUUUCACUUUUUAUAGUUUGUGUUUAAAUAGCUAGUCAGGCAUUAUCUGUUCUGAGACUCAAGAUGUUCACAAUUAUUUGACAAAGUUGUCCUAUAUUAUUUCUUUCAGGUCAGACAGGGCGUUAUAUCUUAAUCCAGACACUACGGGACAAAGAAAGGCAACUUCUACCUCAUGAGAAACCUCUGGAGUUCUUGGCAAAGAGUGGACAGUAUGCCAAUGAUGUCCACUUUAUACUGAGACGCACAGGGCCCAGCUUGACUGAACGUCCUUCAUCUGACACAGUUCCACACCCCCCUGAGAGAACUUAUGCCAGGUCUAGCCUGCCCAUAAAUCCUCGGACAGAGGUUACAAGGUCAAAGGAGCCUAAAAAAUCACUGACUUUUAAUCUAGGGCCCAUUGGAUCCAGUGAACUUCUAAGCAAGCACAGGCAGAAACAGACUGGUACUACUGUUAAAGAUGGUGCCCCACUCAGGCACCCAAGCAAAGAGGAACUGUUCAGAAUGGUUUUACAUCAACAGGAUCAACUUAAGACAUUGGAGAUGCAAAAUGUUUCUAUGGGGAAGGACAUACAAACUUGGGAAAGGGGCAGGGCUGGGGGUACUCAGGAGGAGGAAGAGGAUGAAAUGGCUUUCCUGGAGAGAUUGAUUCGCCGUAAUGAGGCAGAGCUAGGUGAGGAGAUGUUUUGGAAAGAUGAAUUACAGAGAGAAAGGGUGGAAGAACAACAGCGACAGGAUAAAAUGAAAAAGCUGAGAGUCACAAUGGAAGACUACACAAAAAAAAUCCAGGAGUUAAGUGAUAGGACUGAGAUGCUGGAACUGGAAAUCCAAAAAGAGACUUCUAAAAGACUGUCCAGAGAGCCCAGCCAGGCUGAACUUGAGGAAAUGGUGGUCAAAAUGAGAAAGGAGUUGGAGUCCAAAACAGGGCUGGGACAGCAGCUGGAAAGCAACCUAUCAAACGUGGAACGGGCUUGUGAUGAGGCCAGGAAGAAUCUUGAGGUAGGCCUAUUGCUCACCUGCAGGAGGACCAGGCUCGGUUUAGAGAUAUAAAUACAGACAUAUGAGAAAAUAACUGCAGUCCAUAAGAAAAAUUGUGUUCUGAAUUGAGCAUUUUUUGCCAUAUAUAGCAUGACCACCUAGUUGCAGAUCAGGAUGAGAUGCUUUACAAUCCGAUUACAGGUCAAUGAUUAUUAUGCCUUGAUAUUGUAUACAUUUAUGCGCACACACACACAAUGUGGCCAGAAUGAAGCACUUGUAGGAUAAGUCGUCUUCUGCCAGUACUUUAUUUCAUGCAGUAGAGCAUGGGGUGCAUUAAGAUGCAGUCAACAUUUUAGUUUAAAACCAGGAAUCAGAGAAACGUUUUGGUGCUGACUGAGAUGUUGAUCUGAUGUCUUAACAUACUAUGAGUUUGUAUGAAAUAUAUAUGGCUGAAAUAAGUAUUUUGUCUGAGAUGGCACCUUGGCUUUCAAGUAAGCAAACGUAUGUACAAGAUCAUUGAGCGUUGUAAAGGUAUGUGCGUUUUUAUGGUGCAAGAAUAAAAAAGUAAUACACUUAAUGGAGAGUAGAACCUCUUUGGUGUAAGCUGAUCUGACGUCCAACUUGAUUUUAAGCAUGUUUCUCAUAGUACCAUUUAUAAUCAAAUCAACAUAAACUGGUCAAACAUCAGCGUGCAUGAGAAAGUAAUGCAUUUCCUCCAAAAACUGUCAGGAAUACCAUAUUUAAACAAAUUUAAAAAAAGUGUGUAUGUGUGUGUGUGUGUGUAUAUGUAUAUGUAUGUAUGUAUGUAUGUAUAUAUAUAUAUAUAUAUAUAUAUAUAUAUAUAUAUAUAUAUAUAUAUAUAUUACACACACACUCUGCUGGUUUAUUAAAUGUGAGAAUCAGUGUUAUUUCAUGCAUUACCACAAGUAUUUACUGUAUAAAACAUUACUAUUUUUUUUUUAAUAGAACCAAUUAUGUCAUAUGUAUUUUCUAUUUUAUUUAGCCUUUUUAAUGUGUAUCUCUGUAAUUAUAGAAUAUUUGAAUGUUGUCAAAAUACUUUUUCCAUAUAUAUAUAUAUUUUUUAAAUAAAGAUUAUUUUCAAAUUUAACCAAAGGGUUAUAUUUAGGUGUUAUUGACAAUAUGAAAGCACUGUAUGAUUUCAGUGCUGUUCGCCCCACCAUUAUACUUUAAAUAAUCUCCUUUAGCAUGACUGGAAAUAAUAUGAAUUCUGUAGCUUAGCAAUGCAGGUCCAUCUAUUUUUCACACAAUGGCUGCAGGUUGUUUUAGCAAUUCUAUAUAAUGUUGCAUUGGGUAAUGACUAACCUCGGCACUUGGCAUGUUUAUGGAUGAAAUUUACCAUGAUUGUGCUCGUGUAGCCUAGCAUCAUGAGAAAUGUAGACCACAUUAUUAUUAGUUUUUUCUUUCGUACUUAAAUUCUUUGUCUUUCUAGUGCUGAGGCUAGGGAGAUAGGCUUUUCUCUAGCUUUUAGUUUAAACACCCAGAACACUUUACUUUAAUAUGGUGGUCUGUAUGAAGUGGCCAUGUCGUUUUGUUCCUAUAUGUAAAACAUUGCCAGUUUGGAGAUAUGUCUAGGUUUACACUACAUGGCUUAACAGACCUCUAGUGGCUAUAUUCCUGACUGCCUUUAGUCUAGAUGGACCUUACAUUGUACGAACGAGUCAGACUUUGUUCUUUCACACCACCUCCUCUGAUGCUUCUCAUGUGAAGCAUUUGAUUGGAGAAGCACAGCACUUGCAUUGCCUGUGCUUCUCUGUGAGAAAAGACAGAAGACCUCAACAUGUUUUCUGAUGAAAUAAAGAGGCGGGACUAGCAGCUGCAAAGACUGUGUCUCUGCAAUGGAAACAAUGGAAGUAAAAUAUAUAUUAUCCCUGCAUUUUUAAAAUUUAUUUAUUUUUAAAGAAAAGGGUGGGCACAGAGGUCACUGUUAUGGCAGGGAACUGAUAGACCUGAAAAAAAACAUUACGUUUUUGAACUAUAAAUUCCCUUUAAUCAAUAAACAUUUAUUUUAAAUGAAAUUGAAAAAAGAUAUAACCAUACACUUAUCAUUCUGAUGCUUCAUAUAGUUUGUACUUUGAUAUUGUUUUUGCUGUUUAAUAGAUUUCUACGAGGAAAAAAAAAUCUGUGGCGUCCUCUAGUGGAUGCUUUACAAACUGUUAACCGUCACUAAUGAGGAAAUGAGAAAAGGUUUGUUUUCUCCUUCAGAGAUCAUUUGAACAUUCUCCACUUUAGUGCAUAUUUUAAAUAUUUUUUUUAUUUUGGUUUUGUUUCCUGCAACUUCAUACAAAGGGAGUUUUUACAUAAAAUAGUUUUUUUGGUGUUUACUAAUACUGUUUGAAUGAAGGAAACUAACAUUUCCUUAAGGUUUGACCAACUCUCUCCAUUAUAUUCCCUCCAGCCUCUCAUUUUGGAAGGAAAUUUUACUUAUCACAGCCUACUGGUUAUCAAUUAUUUUGAAAUGUUUGUAUUUAGAAAUAGCCUUUUUAUUUUUUUUCUCUUGAAUCAUACAGAAUUUGAAUUGUUUUGAUUUCUAAUUCUGCCUACAGAGCAAUUUCAAUUGUUUUUAUAAUUGCAAUAAAAGAUCUAUUGAAAUCCCUUGUUUUUUUUAAUUUUAUUUCUGUCUACACAACAUUCUUUCUGCAUAACAAAACCACCAGAAAAUAUUUAAUUGCAUUUGACAAUACAUCCUACUAACCCUCUGACCCCUUUUAUUACUCUGCAGUUUUGCAAUAGCGUAGUGCCUUAGUGUUCCCUAAAACUCUUAUAACCAAUUUAUUAAUGAAUCUACAAUCAUUCACUAUCGGCAAAUAUCUCACUAGCCAAAUAUGUACGUCUCCCCCUCCCUCCCUCCCAGUGGUGCAGCCUAGCUGUAAGUUGACAUGAUUAACCUAAAAUGGAUGGUGGAGGGAAGCUUCUGAAGUUGUUGUAGUGUCAGGAUCCAGUAAGCACACUUUAAUUUCCUCUAGAUUGUUGUGAUUUGGCUGUUUGGAUAUAUUAAAAUUUAUAUUCUGUAAUAAAAAGCAAAUAUUGGAUUCUAAUUUAGAUAUUUUCUUACUCUUUUUCAGAAUUAGUUUACUUUGUGGGAUACCCUUUUUGUAUUGGAUUUUAUUUAAAGAAAUCAUUUCCAGUACAAACACUAUAGAGCUUACUCAAUACAGGGCCAGACUACAACAAACACUAAGCCUGGGAAUUUAAAAGCAGAAUAGCUCAAUAGAAAGAGUGGGGCCAGAGGGGCAUGCAAGGCGUUUGUGUGUGCGCGCGCACAUGGGCUGUAGUGUGUGUUUGUGUGUGCGCUCGCAGGGGAUGAAUUUGUGUGUGUGUGUGUGUGCGCACAUGGGCUGUAGUGUGUGUGUGUUUGUGUUUGUGUGUGGUGGGGUGAGUUUUGUUAAUUUAAUUAGAUAAAAAUUACCUUUAAAACAUUUGUCCCCUCCCUCAAGUAAGCGAGGGGCGUGCCAAUGCCUGGUGGUCCAGAAAGCUGGAUGCAGGCAACUGGUACCACUCUUGCAAGCUCCCACACAUAGUGUCAUAUCUGUGUCUUGAGCUUGGGAGAGAGAUACAUAUAGUAUGCAUCCUGUGGAGGUGCAUGCACCGGCUACCUAGCUUCCAUCCACACCCAACAUUAGCGUUCAUAGGGCUGGUGAGAGACAUCUUUGAAGUCCCCAUGGGCAGGUCAGGGAAUACUUUUUUUCUCAUCUGAUGGCCUCGGCCUUUGGUCAUCAAGGCCCACUGGGCAUUUGCCGAUUGCAAGUCCAGGCUUGCGUUCACAAGAGGAACAACACUCUGCUUGUUGUAAGACCAGUUUUGAGAGAGAUUCACGCUUCACCCCGGAGGGAGCAGGCGAGCACUGGCUAUCUUUGGCCUGGUAGGAACUGCAAACAAAGUCCAUUUUUACACCAAACAAGCAAAUUAUUCCACCACACUAUUCUCUUAAAGUAAGACUUCAACCACCAUAAACACUACAGGAGAUCUUUGGUGUUAUUGUGCCAAGAGUGCCCUGGUGCCCUCCCCUAUGUAAGUAGCCAAAUCGUUUUACUAAUGGUCUGACAACUUACCUGGUGUCAAUAGGUCACUUCCUGCUCAGAGCUAGCUCUCCUGAGCUAAGCCGUACUUGAGACUCUGUUGACCACUCGAAGAGUUAAGUUCUUCAUUGCCAGGUUUUGCUCAAUGCCAAGAGCUACCACCCUUCCUCUCCAUUGUCAUCCCUCCCAUGGAUCACAGCCACCCUUGACACUAGUCAGUCUUUCACUGAAUAGGAAAGAGCCCCACUCUAGUAUCAGAUACCCAAUUUCUGAUUCUAUACUAAAAUGCCUAGAGUGUUGUCUUGUUUACUUUAGUAAGCUUUAUCUGAAUAGCUGAGCUAUGCUCCCUUUCCAGGGAUUUUAAACCCUGAGCAGUGGUUUGCACAAACACACGUCUAAGAUGAAUCACUCAAUUGUGAAAGAUUCAUGCAUUCUUACUGCUCAAAUACUUCCAACUUGUCCAUACAAGGAAUGCAACGGGUGACUGAAUAAACCCAAGCAAUCAUGCAUUUAUUUGCAAUCCCUAUAACAUUAGGGGCUAUGAUUAACCUGUCGGAGGGAGCAAAGUGAUUUGUGGAUCUCAGAGAUGUAAAUAAGUGCGUGCGUGCGAGUAUACUUUGAGUGCUUCUAUCUUCACUGAUUUAAGGAUUCACCACAACUGUAUACAUGAGAUGACAUAUGGGUAUAUGUAUGUUUUUAUGACUUUGAGAUCUUUACGAUAUCAUUUCCCAUCACAGGCCAAGAAUCAUGAGCUUGAGGAACUGAAUAAGGAUAUCAGACAAUGUAACUUGCAGCAGUUCAUCCUCCAAACAGGAUCUACAUUGACUAAUGGCCAACUAAGACCUGACGAAGACCCUCUGUCUGAGAGUAGUGAUGCAUACUGGGAAGGACACUACUCCAGUACAGGUAUGAAUAGAGAGUUACAGACUGGCUACGGUAUAGUCAUAAACAGUCCACGAAGUUGACAGAUUUUCCUUGUUUGGGUAGCUUCUGGAUGGAUGGUGUUAAAUUGGUGUCCCUGGCUCUACAAAAAUAUAUUCCAGAUGAUCAUUGUCUGCUUUCAUUGUAAAAAUUCAGUGAUUUUAUUCAUUUUACACUUACUGCUUGUGAAUUCAAAAGGCAGUCCUGGGAAAAUCUGGUAUCCUUGACUCGAAGCACCUAUAAAUAGGACUACCUUUUCCACCAUGUUUUCAGUGACACAUAAUAUUGUCAUAGUAAAGAAAAAAACAUGAAAAAGAUUACCCAGCAGUAUGUAUAAUGCAUGUUUGGCAGGAUUCUUAUACACCUUCUUAAUUCUAAAUACUGCAAGGCAACCCUUUACAUGUGCCCAUCAAUAUGUAUACAUGAUAUUUGUCCUAGAAAACAUGGUGGAUAUGGUCACUCUACCUAUAAUCCCUUCUUAAAGGUCCACUAUAGUGCCAGGAAAACAUACUCGUUUUCCUGGCACUAUAGUGCAUUGAGGGUGCCCCCAGCCUCAGGGACCCCCUUCUGCCCGGCUCUGGGGAGAGGAAAGGGGUAAAACCUAAUUUUUUUUUUCCAGCGCCGGGCGGGGAGCUCUCCUCCUCCGAUCCUCCCAUUCGGCUGAAUGCGCACGCGCGGCAAGAGCUGCGCGCGCAUUCAGCCGGUCUCAUAGUGUGUAACUAUUUUUAUCAGUUGACUAUGUUGCCAUUUAUUUCGGUUCUUUUUAUUUCUACAAUCAAACACACUGAAUACCUUCAUAUUCAUAUUUGUUUUACAAGCUAUGGUUCCUGAUGCCAUGGAGGAUUUUACACUCUUAAGGAAUUUUUUUUUUUUCCUUUUUCUUUUUACACAUUGGAGUUUUUAACUAAAGUGAAAGUGUGAAGAAUUGACCAAUUUUAUAUUUGUAUUUUUACAGUAAGUGUGCAUUGUCUAGAAUUGCACAUUUUAGGCGGAAAUAUCUAAACCUAGAAAAUUCUUUAGCUCGGUUAUUCUUGCAGCUGAGAUAUUUUGUCAUUCAAUUUUAAAGUGCCCUGGUUAGUUUUACAGUUUUUUGUAAAUAAUGGUUAGCAUAACUGGUGAUUUGUCAUAUAAUGGAGUAUUAUAAUGGAAGAGGAGUCAAUUUGUCCUCUCGUCCUAUGGGAGGAUAAUAAUUAUAAAUACCUAGUACUAAUUAUAAUAAUUAUUUAGUGCCAACUGAAUGGGGGGAGGUCUAACAAUAAAUUAGACAUUUACAAAAUUAUACCGGAACAAAAAGUAGAUGUAAAUCCUGCUCAAACGAGCUUACAGUCUAGAGUUAAUGAAACAAGUGCCAGAUCUUCUGGCUAAGAUUAAUAUUGUGUGCCUUACUAUAGAGCACUUUUAUGCUUUCCCCCAAGAAGAGGUUUAUUAUGUUAAAUGGUUUAUGGAUCGAUUAUGGCCUGUAUACAAUUUUAGCCCGGUGUUACUGCACAUGAUAUCACAAGACAUUCCUACUUAUUCUGCUUUCUAGGACCUUAUGACUCCUCUCCACGGACUGCAGCCAAACAUCUACUGGGUAAUCCUCGAAAUUUACAGAACCCCCUGCUAGCAGGCCUAAACCCCGAGGGUGUGUAUGUGUGAGGCGUACAUACUCCAUACACUGCUUCUUCUUCUCUUGGUGGUGGGUCUUCUUUAAGCAUGUUAACCCCUGUACCUUUCUUUCAAACACAGCCUCAAAAUGAACAACCUUUAACAUUAGUUGAAAGGGUCUCUGAUCUCAAGUAAUGCCAAUGUUCUUUGUAGGAUUUACUGCAUGUACUUCAUAGUUUCUCAGAAUAAUUUUAUUUAGUUUGUUGUCUGACAUACCAAUCAUAAUAUAUAUAUAUAUAUAUAUAUAUAUAUAUAUAUAUAUAUAUAUAUCUCAACAUUUUUUUAUAUACAGGAUUAUGUCCUGCUUUAAAUUCCCUUCAACCAAACUGAUGUUUUGGUAACUUUAGUUUCAUAUAAUAUAUCUGUACAUAUGUUCAUUGUUUGACAUUUUGAGGCUAUGUGUUGAUGUAUAUACAUCUUCUUUCUAUAAUUGCUAUUAAUUAUUGCUCAACACUGAUGGUAUUUGGUUAUCCCCAUUAUGAUUUAGGAGAUUUAGCAAACUGCAUAUUUUUCAAAUAGUGAUUUUUUUUUUUUUACAUUUUUUUUUUUUUAAUGCACCUGUAAAAAAAAUUUACUUUAAUUGUGUAGAAUAUGGUACAAAAAACACUCCUGUCUCUCUCUGCCUGUUCAUUAAAUGCUUUGCUAAAAUUGCUGCAGUUUUAUGACCGCCCUCCCAACUAUAAUCAUAGGGGAACAUGACAGGUGCAUUGUCGCCAUAUGGGCUGGAGGAGCUGACCUUUACCUUUUUCCCAACCCACACUGACGCUUUAGGGUAUGGGUCAAUAUGUCCACAGCUUUUAUUUAUAAUAUAUAAUAAUAACGAUAAUAUAUAAAUAACAUAAAAGUCAUUGCCCACCCCCACAUCCUCAGCCAUCCAACUUUAUCACUUUUCCACAUAUCAAUUCGUGAGGCAAUGACCCAUCAUAUAUAACAUAACAUAAUAUUGUAUAACAAUCCAUAAGUAUAACAAAACAAGAUCCAACAUUUUCCACACGAUCCUGGCAGGGGUAUACCUUGAUACCCCUACACCACCUGGGUUCUGAGCGACCAACGAGCUUGAAACCACUAACAUCUUAUCAACAGGUAAACAGUCCAUAUUGAAACAGAAAACUCACUACUCUUGCUCUACGCUUCCUUAAUCAGGCCUGUUACCCCCUUAACUUUCCUUCCACUAGCCCGCCGCUGUGACCAAGCGGGUAGAAUAAAACCCAACACUAAAGGGAGGGAGGGACCAAUUCAGCCUGGUAACUCAUUAGUAAUGAGGUGUUAUAAAAUGGCCGACAUUUAUAUCCGCCUACCCAGAAUCCUGAUCUGUCAAUCACGAACCCCUGCUCCAUCUAAGCCCGCCUCCAAGCCCUGUCAAGGCCCCCUCUGCUAAGCUGUGCUUUCUUCUUGGGGCUACAGUCUAAUUACAAACAAGGAUCUUGUAUGGUUUUCACAUGACUUAGAACUCUUAAGCCCCAAGACCACUUCAUCUCUUUGAAGUGGUCUGGGUGCACUGUCCCUGUCCCCUUAACCCUGCAAUGUAAAACAUUGCCAUUUUAGAGAAACUGCUGUGCUUAUAUUACAGGGUUAAGGCUGCCUCUACUGACGGUGUACCAGGCAAUCACUAGAGUCACUUCCUGCUGUUUCAUGGUGUCCUUGCACUAUGCAUGAAGACAUUGGUGUUCCUCCUACUGUGCAUGAAGAUGCCCAGCAUCUUCUAACUCUCCAUAGGAAAGCUUUGAUUCAGUGCUUUCCUAUGGGGGAAGGCCUAAUGCCAAGGGAGAAGGAGACACCGUCCUGUGCCAAUCAGCAUCUCAUCAUAGACAUGCGUUGAAUCAAUGCUUCUCUAUGAGGAGCAUUCACAAUGGGCAGCACUGACCCGGAAAGCACAUCUAGAGGCCAUCUGAGUUACUGCCACUAGAUGUGUUCCUGCGCAGUGUUCACAUUAAAAAGCCUGCAGGGACAGGCAGUAGACAUCAGAACAACUACAUUUAUCUGUAGUUGUUCUUGUGACUAUAGUGGCCCUUUAGCUGCUUGUGUUUUUAUUUGUUUUUAAUUAAAGUAGUGGGGUAGGGGAUGUAGUGGUUGCAGGGGCUGUAAUGAGUGCAAUGGGUAUAGGGGCUCUAGAGGGUGCCUGGGUUGUAAUAGGAGUUGUAUUAAGAGCAGGGGUAUAGCAAGUGUAGGGGAUUAUAGGGCCUUUUUUUGUUAAGGGGGUUGGAGAGAGAUAGGAGCUGUGAAGGGGCAGUGUGGGGGGCAGGGAGGAGAGGGAAUUGGACACUGUUUAAUUUUAAAAAAAAAACAUAUUUGUAUUUUUGCUGUGCAUAAAAAAUCAAAACAUACAAUUUCGAGGUACCCCAACGGCAGUCCUUGAAACAAGCAUCACAUGGUACACUUGGGGUAUCAAGUUAGACAUGUACAGUUUUAUGAUAUUAGGGAUAAACAUGAGUAUAACAAUUAUGCUAAGCCUAUUAAGAGAAGGAGCAUAUAUGCAACUUGCAAUAGUAUUUAAGCUUGGGUUAGGGAAGGCGUUAUCGUGAGUGUGUACUCUGUGUUAGGCAUAAACAAGUGUGAUAUACACAGGCGGAAUAUGUGUGGUCAUGAACUAUAUUGCUAUAGCUUAGCCGAUGAGACAAUACUACAAUACGGUUGAGGCCAACAUGUUUUACCGCUAUCUACCCCUGAUGUAUGCAGGUAUGUCUCAUCUCCAAAUAUUACGUGUAUUUUUGGUAGGGUAUAAGGGUAGAGCAUGGCGGUAUUAUUAGCAGUGGGUUGUAAGCAGUCACAGAUAGAGGCAAUAGGAGGUAUGAGGGAUGGGGCGGAUUUCUUAUCUGUGGUGGUAAGUGUCCCGGUCAGCCAACUCCUGCCUGUGGUAUGUUACAGUCCCGUUUAGGAGCCUCUGCCGCUUUUCCACUGCUUGGGUACAGGCCUGGUAGGUGAGCUCAAUCAGGCAAUUUGAAGCAGCAGUGUUGCUCUCCUCCUGUUGUGGGCCAGGCAUCUUGCUUGCGUGCACUCGGUGGUCGUAGUAGACCCCCGGUCCUCUUAUCUGGCACCCCCUGUCCGGGUGUUGGUACUUGCUGGGGGUCAUAUGGCGUUGUGGUGGUGGGUGGUCCCCUCUGCCCCGGGACUGUGUUGGAGCUAGAGCCCUCUUGCCACUGACCUGGGAUCCGUUGGGGCCCUUGGUCGUCCCUUUCGGGAAGUGGCGGUGAGUUGCGUAACGUGGCAUCUUUCCGCCGGUGUGGUCGACAUUUGCGGGGCAUGCCCCUGGUUGCUCCCAGUCCGGGAGGGCCUCUUUUGUGGGAGGUCGCUUUUUUUUGUUUUCUUUGUGCCCUGAGGUGGAGGCCCUGGUCUCCUCCCGUCAUAGACUUUUGUCUGUGAGGGUGGCGUGGGAUGGACUGUCGCUGCUUGCAGUUGCUUCAUCCACUUGCCCCAGAAGCGGUCGAAUAGUGCAUUGAUGGGGUCACCAGCAGAGUCGUAGGUGCCUGGGGUGGGAUCUGGUCGUUGUUGGUCUUGAUUUUUCUGGCUCUAUCAGUGCCGCCAUCUUGGAGGCCCUUACCACCGCGUUGCUUGAAAGGCUGGCGGGAACCGACGUUUGGUGUGGUGUGUGGGGUCUCCCUUCUGACAGGGAACGGGAUAACCCCCACCGGUCCAUGGGGGGUGGGGGGAGCGGUUUUCGUGUGCUUGAGGGCCUUUGAGUCGGGCGGGAAGGCGGCAGUCCUUCCCCCCUCACCUCCUCCGGUAGGCCCACGCCAGCCGUAGCGGUUCCUGGGCACGCCGGGUGUUGAUAUAGGUAUCGGUGUGUGCACAAGCGUUAUGUCAGUCCGAUAGUCUUGGUUAUUCGCCACUCUUGUCGUUGUGUCUCGAUUUUUCAAUGAGUUUGAGUCCAUAUGGCUGGAGCCCAUGUGAAGAGCGACCAGCCAGCUUGCUUGCUUGGCUCCGCCCCCACUAUGUUUAAUUUUAAUGAAAACAAGGAAGGGGAAAUGUUUACAAAAAAAAAAUUAUUCCCUCUUCCUGACUCUUACCUUUGGCCAAGGAGGGUGGGAUUUUUAUUCUUGGAGUGGAUGCUGGACAUGCUUCCUGUAACACUAUCAGGGCAGUUCAGCAGGCAUAAUGUUACUUUGUGCAGAAUCCGCCACAAGGUGCUACCCUGAUCAGUAUAACGGCCUGUAAACUCAGUGUGUCUGUCCUUAUCUGCUGGCAGAGGCUCUGCUCCUGGAGCCUCUGCCGAGUUCCUUCAGCCACAAAGACAGGCACACUGAAGGGUGGCCUAGUGGGGUCUUUGGGAAGGUCCCUUAGCUGUCCCUCAGUGUGACCUGCAUGGGGGAGAAGAUUUGUAGCAGCAGGGGCCUGCGGAGGGCUGCACAGGCCCCUUGCUGAGUGCAGGCAGGCUAGGGAGAUUGUUUAACUUCCCAGCUCAGCCAUUACUGCACUGCAGCAGGGGCGGGUCCAUGACAGAUUUAUUUAUUUAUUUAUAAAAUAUUUUACCAGCACGAGUGCUCAGUCUGCCCCUGAGUGGGGCAGAUGAAUACUUUAGUAGCUGUAUUCCAAACACUUAAUGUUCCUUUAAGUGGCUUCCUGAUACCUUUAUUCUCCGAGAGGACUUGUACAGCAGCAAUGACUACGCUGCAUUUAUUUUUGUUGUUGUUUUUUAAAAGAAACUUAAUUGAAGUCUUAAAUGCAAUCUAAUAACCAAGCGGAAGAAAAAAAUCAUCUCUCACCUCUUUGAAAACUCCUGCUCGGAGUGCUGGUACAGACCCUAAAUAUUUGUGGCUUAUUUUUCACAAGAUCAAAAAUGUAAAUGCAAGUUAGGGACAACCGAUGGGUUUCCGUAAAAAUAGCUUUUAUUGCAUGACCAAAAAUCUUUUAAUUUUGUCCUGUUCGGCCACAGAUUUGGAGGUUUGUAAAUUAUCCCUAAAAUACUUUAAAUAUUUGCUGCUUCAACAUUUAAAUUUUGUUUCUUGGAUUAGACACUCCUGGUAGGAGAUGGAGUUGCGUCUUUCACUGCCAGCAGUUGCUGAAGGUCUCAGAAGCUGGAAAGUUUCUAAACCAUCAGAGCUGGUUUGGAAUGUAACCUUUUUUGUUUUUUGAAAUAUUUCAAUAUUUUUUUUUUUUUUUUUACGUGUUUGUGUUUACAGUGCGUAUAGAACGGUCAUCGUAGCAAUUAAUGGAAACAUCCGGGCACCAUGACCGCUUUAUCUCAAUGAAGUUGUUAUGGUGCCUGGAAAUCCUGGGUGCUGUAUUAUCUUAAAGGGUUUACAAUUUACAAAUGGUUUAUCCGCAAAUUUUGUGAAAUCAGUGCCAAUACUGUGGAGUCCAAUGCUUCAAUGGAGAAGCCUCAGACUAAUGACACUUUUAAUUUAAAAAAAUAAACUAUAUAUUGACGCACUGGCGUACAUACCAGGAUCAUACCACGGAUCAAUUUUCGCACCGGGGCCCCAUGGGUCAUGUGUACGCCACUGUAUUGACGAAAUAGGUAUAUUAAUGCAACACAUAUACGAACCACAUUGUACAUUAACAAAGCAUUCAUAUAGAUGAGGUGUUGAGCUCCACAGUUUAACUGUAACAAAGGAUUAAUAGGACUCUACUAGCAUAGCAAUGAAAUCCCUUGUUAUAUCAAUAGUAAAUUUGUGUGAAAUUAACAUGAGAUAAGUAUUACAGUCUCAGCAAAAUAUGGGUUUAAUUUUAGGGCAAUCAGUGGUCAUCCUACAAGAUGUUGAAGAUACCAGCUGGCCAAAGUGACCAGCUGUAAAAUUUUAAUAUAAACACAGUAACCUAGAUUUAAUACAUUCUAGUUAAGAGAGAACAAAGUGGUAAAUGCCUGGCGUCUGUAUAUGCAGCAUUUGGCUUUGAAACGCUGCACAUACACCUCCAGCAUAUAUGGGGUUCAUCUUUGUAAUGCCACCUCCAGUGGAAUCAUGAGCCAGCCCAGAACAAAGUUCCAUCUGGCUAAUGUCAAUUUUGUACAAAGCUGGCAUAUGACACCAGCAUGCAGGGCAUGCCCUUCACCUCUCCAUCCUCCCUGACCUCCCUUCCUAUCUGGUGAGGGAGAGUGAUGUCAGCCAAGGAGGAUCGGGCUGAGUGGAGAACGAUGUUUGACACAACGAUGGAGCAUAGGUAAGGGAUAUUUGAUUAAUUUAUUAAGUUGGGGGGUGUCCACCUCAGAAAAGGUUACUCCAACCAAAACUAGUGUUUUCUGAAAACCGUGUUUUGGUUUUUUUUGUUUGUUUUUUUUUUUAGAUGUCAUAACACUUUAAGAUGAUGUUUGUAAUUCAAACUAAUGCUUUAGUAAGGUAUGCAAAUGAGUUUUAUUUAUAUAUAUAUAUAUAUUUUUUUUUUUUAUAUAUAAUAUAUAUAUAUAUAUAUAUAUAUAUAUAUAUAUAUAUAUAUAGUAAAAAUUUUUUUUUGUGUGUGUGUGUCUUGUUGAACGUAGUAUGACCAACACUUGUUUAUAUUUUUCUAGUUAUCUCUUCCCGAGACACAUCAUGGACCUAAAGAACAGAAUCUAGAUGUUUUUGACCAAACGGACCCCUGAAGAAAUGCAACUCUAUUGUUUACUUUGCAACUGUAUAUGAACUUACAACCGUUUUAUGACAAAGUAUAUAUUAUAAAAUAUGUAUAUAAAUAGAAUUGUUUUAUAUAUUGUUUUGUACACAGAAUGUAUGAACUUUUUAUAUAUAUAUGUGUGUGUGUAUAUAUAAAAAAAAUGUAAUCUCCCACAUUUGAAUUGAAUGUAUCACUCUGGUUCUCCGUCCACAGCUAUGCAGUUCUAAAUAAUAAAUAUUUACCCUCAUUUAACAAAGUAAA